CAUCCGGAGAACAAGAUGGCGGCCGAGAUGAGUUGAUUUGCAACCUUAAUGUUUGUUUCCGAAAAAUAAUGGUUUUUUUAUCAUUCUAAGAAACGGAAAGACACCGGCGAUCGCCGCCAAGAGUAACUCUACUCAAUCGCCAUGUAUGAGAACACAAAAACACAAAAUAUGUUUCUUACACGGGCCCUAGAGAAGAUACUGAACGACAAGGAAACGAAGAAGUCAUAUCACCAGCAACUGAAGAAGGCUUGCGAAGUAGCUCUAGGUGAGACACGGGAAAUGAGAAAACAGUCUAUUUCAAAUAUUUUACACAGCUGCCAGUUAUUAUCUCUAGAUCUCAGCUUGGAUUGAUUGUCAGAGUCAAUUGUACCCUGGUUGUUUGCUUAAAUUCAGCUUGUACUCUGUAGCUUGAUUUUCAAAGCUAAGAAAUUCACUCUUCAAAACAGGUGUGAGUGCAGAUGGCACAUUAUGGCCGACAAUUGCCUAUUUUGAGUGUUUUCUUAUGUUAUCGGCGAUCAAAGUUGGUGUCCUUUCUUGCGCUUUUCAGAGGCGAUUCAUAAUAAAGUUGUAUUGAUCAAGAACUUGGUUAAGAUCAGGAUGGCAUUUGAUUAUUUGAAAUUCUAAUCUGGUCACGCUUUGCUUCGCUUCGAUCCAGGCAACGCAACAGUUCUUUUAGCAAAGUAGCUCGCCGAGUUUUUGCCUCUUGACAGUAACAAAGAGUAACUUCCUGCAAAAUGAUUAAUUGAUCAUGAUCAUGAACUAGUUCUAAAAUCCUAUUUGAAAGUAUCUGUCAGUGAUCAAUAUUGUAAUAACUUUCUGUUACUGAACUGGUGUUAAUGCUGUCAUGACAUUUUAUAUAAUAUCACUGCACAAUGUGUUAGAAAGUUUUACACAAAGACAUCUGCAAAUUUGUAGCUUUGAAUGUAUCAAGCCAAAAGUAACAGUAUUAUUUUGAUAACUAUUUUAAUCAUAAAGAAUCAAGGACAAUAUUUUUGGGGGUGAAGGUUGUGAAUAUCAUGUUUACUAUGAAUUUUUUUAGUUGUGAAUUUUUCUUUGAAAAACAGCUUUAAGCAAAUCUUAAGACAUUUGAGAUUUUCUCAUGUUGCUAUUCUUAGAACGUUUUGUUUACAUAUGCAUUACAAAUCCACUGUUGAUCUGAAAACAAUAAGUUGGCAGGAUAUUGAAUCAGAAACAGGAACAUAUUACAUUUUACCACCACAUUUUAAUGCAACAUCACACUGAGCAAACUUGGUUUUAUCGAUAUCUACGUAUAAUAACAUUAUUGUGACUGCAUAGUUUUGCUACAUUUCAGCUAAAGAAAUAUCUUUUUGCACCCACAGUAGGCAUGCGUUGCUUUUUGUAAUAUUUGUAAUUAUUAUCUUGGAUUUGUCUGUAUCGUAAAAGAAUAAUGGGUACUGUUGUAGUGAUAAUGGUUUUUGUAAAUAUAUCAAAUUAGCAACAUACAUGUUAUACUGUAAGUCUGUCGUUCAUAGAGACAACAUACUAGCCGUAUCAACACAUUUUUGAGCUGUAAUUUUAUUGACUUUUGAUAUUGUUGAGGAAACACAGCACUAUUGAGGUGGCUCAAGUCUUUCGUUGGUUUUAAAAUUGUCAAACCUGAUCAGUUAGUCAAUUUUGAUUAAAAUUAUGGUUUAAAAGUAGGUUGAGUUUGAUCGUCUGGGUGAACAUUUUCCUGAAUAGGAUUGUUGUUGUUGACAGUGGCUGACGUUUCGACAACCUGUGCGGUAGUCAUCUUCAGAGUCAAAGUGAGUUGUAUCAUGUCAGUUGAUGGUAUUAUACUCUGGUUAUUGACCUGAUUAGUCAAUUAUGUCACGAUGCUAUUGAUUGUCUGUCAGUUAAGCCAUGAUGUCAUGGGCUAUGAAGACUCAUAAUGUAAUUGGUGCAUUUCGAUCCGUCUGAAGAUGACUACUGCAAAGGUUUGUCGAAAUGUCAGUCACUGUCAACAACAACAGUCCUAUUCAGGACUACACUCACCCGGAUGAUCAAACUCAACCUACUUUUGAAAUGACUAUUGGGUUCAAACCUUUCACAGUAUUAUGGUUUAAGUGAACUUGUUUGAAAACUUUUCAAAUCUAACAAUAUUGAUCCACAGCAUUAAAACACGUAGUAUCUGGACAUGUGCAUUUUUAUGUUUUGUUUUUUUUUUUCAGAAGAAAUUCACAAAUCUCAAAAAGCUGUAAUUGCAGAUGGCAGGUAUAGUUUUAUAUAUUACCAUUUGAUUUAUAAAAUUUACCCCUGCAUGUUGGAGCAAACAUUUUGUUUAGGUGCAUUUUAUAAGUUCAUUGAGCUUUUAUGUAUGUACAACUGUACCAAGUAUACUUUUGAUGCAUUUAAUAGUUCACUGCAAAUCUUGAUCUCUUAGGCCUACUUGAAAGAACACUACAUGUAUGUUUUAAUUGGCAAGAUAUUCUUUUGUAUUUUACAGGAUGUGUUAAGAUGUCACAUCAUCCAGUUUUUAGUGUUUUUUUGUAUUUGGUGUGGUGGUUCAUAAAAUCUGUAUUCCCCCCAUAGAGGGUUUGAUACCUACCCCCCUACCCCAACCCCUCCCCCACCACAAACACCCACUCACCCCACUAGCAAUAUAAUUUUCCCUUCAUAAACAAUUUUUUCAUUUCAAAAUUUUGGCCUUGAUGACCCUCAUCUGUAUUUGAAUUUCCAAUGUCCCUCCAUGGGUAGAAUAGUGAUAUUUUUUGACAGCAGAAAGUAUCAAAAUAGUUAUUUUUUUAAGCUUCUUUCAUAAACAACUUGGAUCCAUCUUGAACAAGGGACUGCUGAGGUUUGGGGAUCUUUUCUCCACAAUAAGGAGUACGAUUUUAUAAGCAGAAAGUGUAACUUUCUUGCGUGUUUAUACAUGUAAGGUGUUGUUGUCUUUGUUUUAUUGUGUAGUGAUGAGAGUCCAUCAUCAGCCCUUCCUCCUCCCAAGGGAAAGCAGCCAUUUAUUGAAGCAGAUAGAUAUUUUUUACCCUUUGAACUUGCUUGCCAGUCAAAAUGUCCUCGAAUAGUUGUGACAGCACUGGACUGCCUGCAGGUACUGUUAAAUUGUGUUUAUGACAAAUAUCACAAAAUGAAUUAAGAGUAGUACUGUUUUUCAUUGGAAUUAUUUACUUUUUACUCAAAGGGACUAAAAUUCAAGAAAAGCAUUUUUUUUUCCAAAGUCAUGAAAAAAAAAACAAACCCAAAUAGAAAAAGUCAUGUAAAAUUGUAUUUCUUGGCAAAGCCAGUAAAAAGUAAGGUUUGCUUUCAGUUGAAUAAACUACUUUAAUACUGUAAAACCCCACAUUUAAGAACCUGGAUUUUUCCAAGUUAGCCUAAACAGGUUCUUAUAUAAAUGCUAGUUAGCAGAAGUUAAGCCUUUUUCGGUUCUUAAAUAGGUUCUUAUUUUCUGAAGAAAAGAAAAAUACAAUAUAGCUAAGAGUAUUCAGUGGUUCAGCUUAUUCCCCAUAUAAAACCUACAUAUCAUUACAUUACAGUUAGCGUGAUAAGGCACUCAUGUCUCCAAAGAGGAUUCUGAAUGUUGACUUACCGGUAUCUUAUUUGCUUAAGUGUACAUAAUUUUUCCAUAGAUUUUAGAAAAAAAAAUAGGAACCUGUUUCAAAUUUUAGGCUCAACAGAUUCUUGUAUAGAGGGGGUUUAACUGGCAAAUUUUAGCCUAACAGGUUCUUAGUUGCGCGGGGUUUACUUUUACAGAAUUGCUGUACUCUAAAUGCUAUUAAAAAUGUCUAGAUUCCAUUAGAAAUGUAAAGAUAUUCACAAACAAGAAAAGAAUAACCAUGGCGCACAAAAGAAGCUGAAAAAACAUUUGAAUUCGAAGUUCAGCAACCAAAAAAUUAUUUAAAGGAAAAUUUAGGGAUUUUUUUUUCUGGAAGUGAGUGGCUACCCUAUGGAAGCAUCACAAUGAGAAAUUCAGCAGAUAAGAGUGUCUUGAAUCUUUACUGAUGCUGUAAUGUUACAUACUCUAUUAAAAACCAUUUUACUUUACCAUGACGGUUAUUUUCAUUUGAAUUUUUUUCUUAGAAACUUAUAGCUUAUGGACACUUAGCUGGUGACAUCCCAGAUAGCACUGAACCCUCAAAAAAGCUUCUAGACCGGAUAGUGGAGACUAUUUGUAGCUGUUUUGUUGGAGUACAGACUGAUGAGGGAGUACAGCUUCAGAUCAUUAAGGUUCUCUAAGUUAAUGCUUAUCCCUAAAAAAUUUAUUGGCAACAACAACAACAACAACAACAACAACAACAACAACAUCUUUAUUUCUUACAUUAAAUAUACAAAUAUCACACCACCUGCAAAUAGCAAGGCUAAUCGAGGCAGGUGAUGUGUAGACGGCUUAAGAUUUAUUACGAAUAGUUGAAGUGAAAAAGUACCAUAUUUAUAAUAAAAAAGGUCAGUCACGAGAGAAAUUGAGAUAAGAAAAUCGAGGCAGCUAUUUAGAUAAGCGGGGGCUAAUAUUUUUUAAAAUCGGAGAUUAUCGUGUUUAGGUCAGCAUAUCUAUCCUGAACUUCAAAUAUUUUCAACAGAAUUGGCUCUCGAAAUUAGUGAAUGAAAAUUGAAAAUAAAAAAACAGGAAUUUUUCUCCUUACCGCUGUUCAACAGAUGCUACCUACAUUAACUUUACAGUGGCCCAAACUGGUAUGGAACAUUAAAACAAGAAUUUGUUGUCCAUCUUGAAUUUGAGCCUUCGGGAUCAGCAGCCGCUUCCAAAAUUAAAAUUGUGUCCUUGAUCAAAAGACCUUGUUUUGCAUUUAGUGGACAAAACAAUUUAUGCGGCUGUUUUCACGAGAGAAAAAAGGAUGUUUUGUAGCAUUAUGGCUCCUGGAGAUUGUUGUACAACCCACAUUUUGUUGGUUUACUUCUACCAAUGAACAGGACAACAUCACUGAUUGAUGGAUGCUUGUGUUGUAUCCUUCUGCCGCGGUCGUCAGCAGAGUCGCCAGUUCAUGCUUUAUUUGCGAACUGUUUUUAAAAUCCAUAAAAUAGGCAUUUUCAUGGUAUAGCCUCUUGUCUGUUCCCUGUGGGAAUUCCAGAUCUAACCAGCCCCCCUGCCUCCCAUGCCUUCGGAAUUCCAAUCAUACAGUAAGUAUCCCCCCCAUGCCUUGAUUUCCAGUUCAUUGGACCCCCCCACCCUCGAACCCUUUGCCCUUGGAAUUCCAAAAAGGUGGCUGUGUUAUGGUAUGGAUAUUUUCUGGAAUCGCCCAUUAUCCAUAAUAUCUCCUACUAUCCAUUAUGCUUUGGAGGAGUUAAAAUGGACAAACUUACCAUGUAACACUUCAAAUUUCAUUGAAAAAUGUUUUGCUGUAGUGUUAUAAGUGAAGAGAGAGUGUUAAACAACACAUUUGCAUGAAACGCACCAAGUUUUUGGCAGAUAAAAGUACCCAGUGCAGAUCAAUCUGUCUUGUUAUUGAGUUAUAAGUCCUUCAAAAUGGUAGACCUUUGUCUGUGUAUGUUCUUCAUUGAAUUUCUUGUCAUCUGUUUCUUGUGUUCAGGCUUUACUGACUGCUGUUACUUCAAACUCAUGUGAAGUUCAUGAAGGAACUCUCUUACAGGCAGUGCGGACAUGUUACAAUAUUUACUUAGCCAGUCGUAAUCUGAUCAACCAAACAACAGCUAAAGCUACCCUUAGCCAGAUGAUAAGUGUGAUUUUUCAAAGGAUGGAAGCUCAAGCUGUAAGUAUGUCUGCUGACCACAGUGGAAUGAAGUUUUAAAUCCCAUGAAAUGUCCCAAUUUUCAUCUAUCAUCCUUGAAUUAUGAAUUAUGAUUUCCAUGAAAAAGCAGGCAGACUAAAGGUGUUUACAAUUUGUCAGAACUGACUGGUCAGAUCAGUCCAGUUGUAAAGAGAAUCUCACUAUUGAUCAGGACUGUCCAGCCAUAAUUAUCACUUUCUCAUUAAUAUUUUGAGUGAAUAAUAGAACAAUAUUGUUGAAUUCGGCUUUCGUAUCAUCUGAAGAAUUAUGGAGAUCUUGGAGGGUGUUAUCUGCCUCGGCUGAUACAACACCGUCCUCGAUGACCAUAAUUCUUCAGAUGAUAUGAAAGCUGAAUUCAAUAAUUAUUGUUAAAUAUCGUUACUCACAUCUGGUCUUAACACUUUGAAUCAAAGAAACUUAUGGUACUUACCUGAUCUAUAGGCUGUGGAAGAAGAAUUGACGGAGUCAAGGCAAGAUCAAGAGAGUGUGCAAACAAGUUCAACCCCCACCCCCUCUGAAACAACGGAGUCGCAGUCUGUGUCCUCCCCUGACAGGGACACCGGUUCAUCAACUCCCUCCACCCUCUCUGAUCCAAUUGAUGCAGGGUCAUCAGAGCAGAACCAUGAAACAAAAGAUGCAAGCAAUACAGACAGCAGUACUGCAGCAGAAAGUAAAAGGACUGACAAUGAUGUAGAUGAAGGGGUGGACUUGCAAGGUAAAUUUGUGAAAAUCCACCAAAGAAAUUCUGGAACGCGUUGUUAUCCUUAAAGUCACCAAUCAGAGGGCAAAAAAGUCAGUUUGACAGCUUCCCUUUGGGAAAGUUGAAGCUAGUAUAUAUUAGCGUGGAAGUCAUUUUAACUAGACAGUUUAAACAUUUUUGACAAGCGUGAUAAUAAAAAUUAAUAAUUAUUAUUGAUUAAUCAAUUUCACCAUUAGUUAAUCUAUUUCAUGUAAUAUAUCAAACAUGAGAUGCAGUGUUUCAUCACCAGAUGAAACACCGAGAAGAGAGUUGAAAAUACGACGCGCAGCGGAGUAUUUUUGACGAACUUCGAGGUGUUUCAUCUGGUGAUGAAACACUGUGUCGAAUGUUUGAUAUUUCUUCUCAAACAAAAUCAUUUUUGAAGGAGAAAUUAAGGAUGCAAAAAUGAGCAGUUUUUCAUCAGAUAUCCAAACACUCAUUAAACAUUAAUUUCCUUUGAAUUUUCUUUAUGAAUUAUUAAUGAGUUUGAGAAGCUUUAUUAAUUCAUUAUUAUCAGCUAUACUAGUUUUUGCAGAUUUCACUUCUUCUGAUCAGCUUGAAAAUGGCUUUUGGUUCACAUAAAUUUGUAAGGACUUUGUCUUACAGUACUUCUGUAAUUUGAAAUUGCACCCCCCCCCCCCCCCCCCAAAAAAAAAAAAAAAAAAAAAAUAACCUCACUGGCCUUUUGGUUAAGGUAACAAAAUAAUUUACUAGCCUGAUUCCAAAAUCCACUGGCCUCAGGCUAUCAGACACGACUUUCCGUACAAGCUGUUAAUGCAUGUAGUGUUAUUUGCAUCUCGGUAAAGUGGUGUCAUGGAAAAAUAUGGGAACUCAGUAUUACAUGCUUUACAUUUUUUUUGUUCAGUUAUCAAUUUGAAGUGUGCUUGAUGGGGGUGCACAAAGUAUGAUUUGUGUUACAAAGGGCAAACCUAAAUGUGUAAUCUGAACUGAACAAAUAUAUGUGUUGAUUGGUUUGGUAUGGAUGUAACUGGUUACCAAAUAGGUUCACGUUUUGAUUAUUUGACAAACUAACAUAUCAAAAUGCAACCUUCUUUUGAAUUGUGAUUCUUAUUAAUUUGAAGAGCCCAUUGUGGAAUUAGGUAAUGGAGACAAGUUACAAAGAGUGCAAUUCUCUUAGAAUGCUUGACGUGCAUUCAGUAACAAACCAAUGCUGUCUUUUCUCUGACAGCUGAUGACCAGCUUGAGGAUGGUACUAAAGAGACACUAGUUGAAGAAACUCAUCAAACCGAUAGUCCUGAGGGGGGUGAUGAUAGUAUGGCAGAGUCUACUGAGCAAGGUGGGGUGGAAAAAGAAACAGUGUGUGAAGUUGAUGGUGGUACUUCUGAGGAGAGUUCGCAGAACAUAACAGCAGUAGAGGAUGACAGCAGUGAGGUUUCCACUGAAAAUAAACCUGUUGAUGGUGAUAAGAUCAAAGAUUCAGAAAACCCGUCAGGUACAUGUACUAUUCUAUUUCAAUUUAGCUCGUAGAACCCAGUUUCGAUUAUGUUGUGGAUAGUCAGAUCCAAAGAAAAAAAAGAAUUUUAUUAGGGGCAAAAAGUUGCAGUGCAUUGCUGAAUUGCCUAAUUCAAUCUGUUUUUCAGAAAAAAAUUAGUGAUAAUUAUACAUGUACAGUUAUAACUCUUACUUUAUGUUUUUCAUUGUGAUAUGAUCAUAUAAAACUGUGGAAAAGUCAGGAGUUGGCAGUUCUGUGAGGCUUGUAAAAUAUUUGCAACAAAACUUAUUUAAUAAUUUAUUAUUUUUGUUGGCAGAAAUGGUGCUUAAAGUAGUUACAUUUAAUGGAAAAGGUACAAAUGUACAGAUGUAGCAUAAAUUUUGAAUUUCCACUGCAUCUCUAACUGUUUCCCUCUGUUUCUCUUUUUAACCAGAUCAGAGCAUCAUCUCAAAUGGUGAAGUUCCUGAAACAUCUCCAGAAACCCCCACUGUUAAUGGCCUUCCGUCACCAACACCAACAGAGAUGGCAAUCCCUAUGUCUGAUGAGCAUGAUGACACUCAGAGUGAAUCUGGUACUGAUGCAGAGGGAAGCUCAUCUUCAACAUCUGUCAACAGCCAAGCAUCAGGGGCUGCCAAGUUCUCUCAUGUCACUCAGAAAGAUGCAUUUCUUGUGUUCAGGUCCCUGUGUAAGCUUUCAAUGAAGCCCCUCUCUGAUGCACCCCUAGAUCCUAAGUAAGUUCAGUGAUCAUACAGUAGAGAGACAUAUCACAGCUGUAGCAUUUUUAUUUAUUUAGUUUACUCUGAAAAUAAUGAUUCCAGAAAUGAAGUUUCUCCAUAUACUGGAUGUCACAAAAGUCAGAAGUUUUUAGAGUAUUGAAUUAUGAUUCUCUCAAAGAAAUGUCAGGCAUAAGCUACAGCUGUAAGAGCGUGAAAGUCAACUACCCUCAUACAUAGACUUGCUACAAGUCAACCACUCUCAUAAGUUCUUGAAAUCGAGCGAAGCGAGCUUCAAUGAGGUCGUGCAGCAAGGACUUGUUUCACCUGAAUGGAUUUGUAUCGUAUUAUAAAUUCACAUGGGAAAAAUGAUUGACAUGUGCUGUGUCGAGAAUUAUGUCAAAUAUCACUCACUCUCCUAUUGGUGAAUUGUCUUGACAAACAGGAAAAGUCCUUUAAAAUGGUAUAACCAACCAGGAAAAAGAUAAAGGACUUUUAGAAAGUCUAUCACAUACAGUCUGUACACUCCUACCCAGAACAAGUAGAUUUUCUUGCUGGGCAAGUAACUUUUAAAGCUCACUUACCCAAUGGGCAAGGGUCUGGGCAAGUCAUCCUCUAACAAAAUUAUUUACUAAGAUGAGCAAGAAGUAGCCUUGGGCAAGCAAAAUAAGAGAGCUGCUUGCCCAAAGGACAAACUGGAAUUCACGUUUUUUCAAACCCUGCUAUCCCACCCUGCUCUGGCCAACAGGUCAUCUUCAGGCUAUUCUCCUAUCUGAUAUCUGAGGAUGUGCCCAGUGGGGAAAACUAAUUCUCCAAUUUUGCAGGCUACUUCCAUAAAUAAGGAACACUGUUUGUUUUUAAAAAUUCUUUCCUCUGAUUGCAAAGUAAGAAAUGUGAUGUUGUAGCCUGUAGUGAUUUUACUGUUAUUAUAAUGAAUUGUAUGUAACUGUUCCUGUUGCAGGUCUCAUGAGUUGCGAUCCAAGAUUCUGUCCUUGGAACUGUUGCUGUCCUGUCUUCAGAAUGCAGGACCAGUGUUUUGUACACAUGAGAUGUUUGUAACAGCCAUUAAACAAUACCUUUGUGUAGCAUUGUCCAAGAAUGGUGUUUCCUCUGUUCCUGCUGUUUUUGAACUGUCAUUGGCAAUCUUUCUAACACUGCUGUCGUCGUUCAAAACACAUCUCAAAAUGCAGAUAGAGGUUCGUGCCCAGGCAUUCCUGUUUGUUUUUCUUUAGUUUUAUCACUGUUUCAGUUUGUCAGUCAGUUCUAGGAGUCAGAAGUUAAUUCUUUAUGGAAAAUUAUGCAAGUCAGCAAAUUAUAAUUAAUAUAUCACUCCAUCAGUCAGUCAGCUCUCCUCAGCCAUGGUGUAUUUUAUGUGUUUCUUUCCGUUUUGCAGGUGUUUUUCAAGGAGAUCUUUCUUAACAUCCUAGAGACAUCAACCAGUUCAUUUCAGCACAAGUGGAUGGUUAUGCAGGCACUAACAAGAAUAUGCUCAGGUGUGCACAUACAGUGUAAUUUGGUGAUGUGUCAUAAAUUUUGUGCAAUACUUGAUUUCUAAAGAUGUAGCCAUUAGCAUAGCCUGUGCCCCAGAUGAAACUAAACUCUGGUUAAGUCCAUCGCGAAACAGUGCUGGAAUCCUCGUUCUGGGCCACAGCUGUGUACCAGAAGUUGACCACACACCAUGAUUGGCCUGUUAAACAUGCCAUUGUCGUGUUGCCAAUCGAGAUGAAAGGAAAUUCGAAACAUACUUUCUUAGGUUGUUGAGUCCGUUUGGGGCCAAGGACAAGGAUAUCGGCGCCGCCUGGCAAAUGUUACUGACCAAGGUUAAAUUAGCAUAAGUACUGGGAAAGAAAGUGUCUGAGUUCCCAACAGGGGAAGUGAAGACUUUUCUUGCCUUUCUCCAGUUCUCCUCUCAGCUUGUUUUCAAGUCAUACUGAGCCUCUAAUGGCCUUUCUGAAAAGUGGCUGUUCAAUGUCUAAUGGAACACUUCUGGCAUGUUUCAAUCAAGGACAAAAAAGUUCAGGCACUUUUUCAAAUUGAAAUAUCACAGAUUUUGCUCCCCAUUCCCCUGUUCUGCCCACUUAAUUUCUUCAUUGGUGCUUUUACCUCUACAAGGAUCUCACAAGAAUAAGAUAUAUCAGGGGAUGAGGAGACUGGAGAGUGCAAAAUCUCAAAAUGCCUGCAAGAUGCCAAGAUGUCCAUGCUUGUAGCCUAAAAUCAUGUGCUUCCUGCAUACUUCUAAAAUCAAUAUUUCAACUAGUACACAUCAUAAAGAUUGGAAGCGUGUGUGGCCGAGUGGUUAACACCUUGAACUCUGGACCUGGAGGGCCGGGGUUCAAGCCUCGCCCGUCACCCUUUUACCUUAGACAAGGAACUUUACUCCACUUUGUCUCUCUUCACCCAGGUGUAUAAAUGGGUACUGGUGACAUACUGCUGGGGGGUAACCCUGCGAUGGACUAGCAUCCUGUCCAGGGGGGAGUAGCAAUACUCCCUAGCUUGUUUCAUGCUACGGAAACCGGGUUAAGCUCUGGCCAUUUGGGCCUUUGGCCUGUGUGUGCCUUUACCUGUUACCUUACAUAAUUAAGAGAUUAGAGUACCUAUAACAUGCAGAUGAGUGACAUGAUCCUCUUUUCACUUUAGAUGCCCAAUGUGUGGUGGACAUCUACCUCAACUAUGACUGUGAUCUGUCCCUGUCAAACAUCUUUGAGCGUUUAACUAGCGACUUGGCGAAGAUAGCUCAAGGGAGGCAAGCCAUAGUCCUCUCUGCCACUCCAGUAAGUUGAUCAAGGUGGUUUUUGUAGCUUUCCAUACUGUCUCAAUUAAAAAAGAAAGGGGUUUAAGCCUUCUUCUUGACAUAGGUAUAUCCUCUUCUUACAUCUUAUGUUAAUGUCACAAAUGAAUGCGUGUGACACCUAUUUACAUCCUCCUCUUUCAAACCUGGUGUUUAUGUGGAGCCGCACCUUUAAUAGAGAAAAUAGAGUAAAUAAAAUAAUAAAUAAGGGUCUUGGAGUCUUUGCAGGCGCUCAUUCACCAUAACUCAUUGUGUGUUGUUUUUAUUUUAGGUGCAAGAGAAAAGUAUGCGGCUCAAAGGUCUUGAAUGUUUGGUUUCAAUACUAAAAUGUAUGGUGGAGUGGAGCAGAGAACUUUAUCUCAACCCUAGUUCCCAUGUGGCUAACAACUCAGGUAUGUUUGUUAAUCUUCUCUUUUCUUUGAUGGACUUACAUGUAACUGGCUUCAGCCUGUAGGGUACAUUUACUUAUAGUCAUUCUCCACCAACAUAUAAAAACGUGGCUGUGUGUCAUAUAAUCUUUUAUGGUAUUCAACAACCAAAUAAAAUCCAGUUAAAGAGGUUGUGUUGGACUAAGUCGUAAUAACUUACUUGUUCCAUAUUAUAAUUUUACCAGCUUUUCUGGACACAGGCCUGUCCAGAGGGAGUGGGCACGAAUGGGACUCAUAGGUCCCAUGCAAGGUGCCAUCCCUACCCAAUCCCACAACCCGUGGAGGUUGGCCACACCGCCGGGGUCUAAGUCCCCUGCUCUUUUCGAACAGUGGUGUGGGUUCUUUUACGUCCCACAUGAACAAAUCAGUGAAAGUGCUGUGAGACGGGACCUACGGUUUUUCGUUCUUAUCCGAGAAGACUAGAAAGUCUAACCAUUUGCAGACUUCAUUACAAAGGCAGCACUUUCUUCUCAGUUAUAUAAAGACCCUGAGUGUUGGUCUGGCCCGGGUUUGAACUUGUGAUUUCCUGCUCGGUAGACCGGCGCUCUCCCAACUGAGCUAACCAGUCGGCAUUUCAUAGCAAAUUAUGAAAUAUUAUCUCAAAGAUUUAAUUUGUAGUCUCAAUGGUUAAACUCGUCUCUACAGUACAGUGGGGAUUGUAAACAUUGUGGGUGCAUUCAUUAACGCAAAUGGUAGUACAUUGCAUACAACCUUUGCUGUGCCCUUUUGUGUAGUCUUGCACGAUUUUGUGUUUUUUUUUUUGCUUUAAGUAAGCUCUGCUCUCUGUGAAAUUAAUCCUUUGCAAUAUUAUGGUCACGUUUCAUGUUAUACUUUUUUACUUACUUGGCAUAGAUACACCUGGUUUGAGGAGAAAAUCAAGUCUUACUGAAGCAGAUGCAGAAGAAAUAGGAGAGAAGACAAGUUUACCUGGAGAUCGACUCAGCCUUGGAUCAGAUCUCAAAUCAUUUGGUGGCAGCCAAGGAUCACUAAAUUCGUCAGCUUCAACUGUUGCACCUGAUAAUCCUAAACAAUUUGAAUCGCUAAAAGAGAUGAAAGGACUCAUGGAACAAGGAAUUGAAAAGUAAUAUGCUAACUACGGCUCGUUAUGACAAGCUUACCUAUGCAAUUGCUGUAUUCAGAAAUUUAGACUUCAAAGCGUAGGGUACUUACUCCCAGAUACUGUAGUUCGCUACACCUUUGAUGGAACUCCAUGAAACUGAUAAUGAUAUCUUUUGUGUUUGUUUGAAACUGGUUUCCUUGCUUUCCUUCUCUGUUUUCUUUUCUCUUUUUUCUUUGUCUGAUACAGACUCGUUUUUAACAAUUUUGAAGCAUCAAAAUUACUCCCCAUCUCCAUUUGACACAGUGUCGAUGUGUGAAAAGAUACUUACUGGUAACUAUCGUUUUGUGUGUAGAUUUAACAAAAAUCCAAAGAAAGGAGUUAAAUACCUUCAAGAAAAUAGCCUCUUAGGCCCUGAACCUGAAGAUGUCGCAGAACUUCUGCAUACAGAUGAAAGGCUUGACAAGGUAUUUUGAUUGGUUCUAGUUGUUUGUGUGAUUCAUUUUGAAGGGUCUCACUGCUAUAAUUGAAUUUUGAACUUAUGUUUUUAUUUCAGACACAAAUUGGAGAACUGAUCGGAGACAACGAUCUGUAAGCGUUUUCUUCGUUUUACUAUGAUGUUGUGGUUGUCGUUCAAAAAGAAUAAUUUCAUCUCUUUCAUAGAGUUAUUUUAAUGGAAUGCUUUCUAAUUCUUUCUUUCGGUCUUUGUAGUAUACACCCAUGGUCUUAUUACCUGUAUUUCAGGAAAUAUUUCAAAGAUAAUGUUUUUAGAAAAAAUUAAGAAUCCUUUUUAAUUUUAGAGUGUAAAGCAGGUGCAGAUGAUCACAACUUCUUUCCUGACGAUUGCGUCUUUGUUUUGGGUUUAGUUUCAGCAGAGAAGUGAUGUAUAGCUACAUUGACAAGUUCAACUUCACAGACAUGGACUUUGUGACAGCCUUACGGCUGUUUCUCAACAACUUCCGGCUCCCUGGAGAAGCUCAGAAAAUUGAUCGUCUCAUGGAGAAGUUUGCUAGUAGAUAUCUAGAAACUAAUCCAAGGUAAUGUGAUACAUAACUAAAUAACAUUGACACCUAUGCUUGUUAUAGUUUAACGUUAAGAACAGGGCACGGUUCCAUUUGUUCCAUUUUUGUAUUUUACCUUCCUAUGUAUUGUUUAGAGGAACAUUUUGUGUUAUCAUUACUGUAUCUCGGAGUAAAGGCUCGACAGUAUUUUGUAAGCUCGAGUUUCAUGUUCUUAGACAAGAAAACAUUACUUCAAAUUUGGCUUAAUCCUGGGUUAAAAUUAGCCAUCUUUCGAGAACCGGGCCCUAGGAAAUAGAAGACUUCUCUUUGGAACACUAGUUAAUCUGAUUGGUUACAACCUUGAACUUCUCUGACAAUGGAAAAGUGUAUACUUGAAUUUAUUGUAUGGCCGGAUCCGCAAGUGCGCGCAAGAUGAAGCGAUUCCCGCAUUCUGAUUGGCUACCCCGAGCAGGCAAGAUAGGCUCAUCUUACCCGCUCGGGAUUUCCUGCAUUGGUCCCGCAAGAAAAAUUUUUUUAUUGACCAAGCUUGUUCGGUCAAGAUGGCUGAAAAUUUUAGCUUGACCUCACGCUUCGUCCAUAACGCGUGCGUACAAAUUGCUCCUUUCCAGUUGUCCAGUUGUCCGAACGACAAUUAUCACUAACCUAGUGAUAACUUUCACUCUAGUUUCCUGUUUAUUUAAUCCAAAGGUAUUUUCCUCAUUCUGUCAAUUUUAAUUAGAUAUUUCAGAGCAUCCAAAAAGAAAAUUGUGGGCAAAAAUAAUUUAAAGAAAUUGCUUCAUAAUUUAUAUUCAGUUUUUGUGCAAACCUAGAGUAACCCAGGGUAACGCAGCCCUGAUCUUUUAGUAAUGUGUAAAACACAAACAGCAGUGAUUUAUCACGGGUUAGAAAUUCUCCCGACUGAUCGCCAUUCAUUUCCUUAAAGAAUUAGUUGAGAGAAUUUAAUAAAAGAUUGAAGCAUUUUCCCUUUAGUGAUCAUUGAUAAAAUCUCUUAACGUUUUCUUUUGAUGAUGUACUGAUACUGUUAGAAGAAAACUGUAGUCGGUCAUUCUUGGGACCUGGGGCCUGUUUCUCGAAAGUCCGGAUAAUUAACGGGCCCGGUAAGCUGUUGCCGUUUACAUUAAAGAUCGAGGGUUCAAUAGUUUUGCAUCUAACAUGAUAAAACCAUCAGUUAAUGACACAAAAUGGAGUAGUUUGCUAACCAGGAUCCGCGUUCUUACUCUUUAUAUUUAGAUUUGAAUGGUUGAUUUCGGACCCGAAAAGUUAUCGGGACUUUCGAGAAUCGGGCCCCUGAAGAGUUAGGCAGACAAAUGUGGUUUGUAAGUGUGUCAUAAUAUGCUAAUGUGAUAUUUAUUUUACUUCACUGUUUCAGUAAUGAAGUGUUUGCAAGUGCUGAUGCAGCCUACGUCUUAGCAUACUCCAUUAUCUUGUUGACAACUGAUCUACAUAAUAACCAGGUAACUACUGUUACUUAGUGUUGAAAAAAUGUGAGGUAUUGGAUACCAUCCAAUGGCAAUAAAAUAGUAGCAUCCGUUAGUUAUCCAUGAACUAUGCCCUGAUCAUGUGCGCUAGUUUCGUUAUCUGCUACAUCACUUUUAGUUCAUCUUUGACCUGAGAACUCUCCUUUGUUUUUUACCCGCCCUUUCCCACCCGCGGGCUGCAUCAGAGGGGAAUGGCCUCGGUCUAGCCUUUCCCUUGAUGCGGCUUUGCUUGUUCCGGCAACCGAUAAAGAUAAUUUUGUUAUGUAUAUCUGUGGUCCACACUUCUUUUUGCCUAUGUAGGCUGAAAUGUUUGACAAUGGAAAAUACACUUGUAUCAGGCGAACCUGAGUAAAGCGGUCACUCAUGUCUCUUAAUUACUGUAGAGCUCACCUCUGUUACAUAAGUCUUCACUUCUAUUAAAAUGUCACUUUGUUAAGAUAUAUAUUACAAGUGCAAUAGAUGCACAGGGUUUUCAAUAAAAACUGAAGUAGCCAGCAGGUUUGAUUAGAGUAACUGACAAUAUCAACCAGUGGCCAUUGUUCCCCCCCCCCCAAAAUUUUCAAAUUCCCAAGCCCUAAAAUGUUUUAUUCAAGUUUCGGUUUAUCAGCCACACAAUCAACUCCUUCAAGCAGUAAACACAAUUGACGGUAAUUCAAUAACGUACAUUUGCUAGUGAACAAAUUCUGGGUAAAUCUAUGUAAAAAGCUGUGGAGACUUGACUGAAAUACGGCAUUGACAUUACCAACUACCUAAUGCGUAACAUAAAUCCAGUGUUUCUUUGUGAAUUAAAAAACAUCAUAAUUACGUUUUCAUUGAGAUGUUAACUAAGAUAUAUUUUUUGUUCACGACAAUGUUAAAACGUCAUAAUUGCUUCUUCUUACGUGAAAAGGGUAACCGACUUCUCUGAGCAAAGUAGCCGUUCAAUGGUCUUUUACUUCCUUUCUUUUGGCAGAAGAAGAGGUAGAAAUACUUUGAGGUCAAUUUUUGUUUUAUGGAUAUUUUACUUUCUCACCAUCUUCUUUUUGCUGACAAAGUCAGGUUGUCAAACCUCUGUAUUAAACCGUCAGCCUUUUAUAUUAAACGGUCAAUUGGCCAUUCCUCAAGGGUGACCUCUUAGUAUAGGCUUGACUGUAUUCUGUUUUGUUCUUGUACGUGUACUUUCAUUGGUCAGGAUAAUUAGUUAUUGAGUGCAUAUGCAAAAAUAUAUAUUUCACUGAAUACAGUGUCGAGGGACAGGAAACCACGGUGAAAAUGUUUUGUUUCUUUGCAGGUAAAAAGAAAGAUAACAAAGGAACAAUACAUCACAAUGAGCAAAGGAAUUAACGACAGCAAAGAUUUACCACAAGAAUAUCUUGAGUCUAUUUACGAUGAGAUUUCACAGAAUGAGAUCAAAAUGAGAAGUGCUCCAAAAAACGCCAAUAGAUACAGCACAAUCUGUAAGUAGCAGAAGCUUCGUCAUACAAAAAUAUAAGCUGAAACCUUUCGUCGUUGGUGUUUUUUAUUACUUCACAACUGUUAUUGCAAAUGGUUUUCAUGUUUAUGACUAUAUAUCCGGAAUUUUGAACCCUUGGUUGUCCUGAAGUGACCGGAUGUUGGGCUAAAAUACGUGUUGCCUUUCAGUAUCCUUGCUUACACUGAAUCCGCUAGCGGGCAAGAUGAAGCGAAUCGUUCGUUCUGAUUGGCUACCCCAGCGUGCAAGGAUUUCUCGCGGUGGUCCCUCAAGAAAAAGUUCUCGUUUUGGCCAUACAAUAAAUUCUUUAUUGACCAAGCUUGUUCGGUCAAGAUGACUGGAUUUUGGCAUCGUUCGUUUUUGCGUUUUUUAUUGAAGUCGAGGAACUUAGCCAAUAUCCAGUCAUCUUGACAUCACUCUUGGUCAAUGCCGCGUAUAUGGUGCCUUACCACUGUUCAACUGACUUUACUGUUAGGAAUUCUUGGUUACCCUGUGCCCAUUGAUUUUUUUUCAUAUUCCUGCUCAUCCAUUUUUCAGUAACUUGAUGUUAGGGUUCAUUUUUUGGGAAGCCAUUUCAAAAUCUGAAUGUUUUAGUUGCCUUGGUCAAAGUUAUUAAAGUGGAAUGGUUAUGAAACCCGUUAGACUCCUUUGCUACUUUUUUUCUGUUAGCUUUUUUGGACCUGACCGUGCACAACGUUCAAUAGCAUUCCUAUCAUUUCGAACUUACUGACCAAUAGAAACAUCGCAUCAAUUUAUUCAGUCACAAUCUGUGAACAAAAAACAAAGGAUUGUGCACGGUCAGGGAGCUUCCAACAUAAACUACACCACCGUUGUUUUCAACUUUGAUGUUUGCCUGUUUUCGUUUUAACUAUGCCUUGGUUAAAAAGUAAACAAGCUUCUCACAAUGCCUGGGCAUGUUCAGCCACAUAUUGCUGUUAUUGGAUGAGGCUGAAGAUGCUCCGAGAUCUGCAUGGGAAAGACGAAUCCGCUAAUUGUUUUAUUAUUCAUUCAAAAUAAUUUAUACGUUAAAACAUGCUUGCCUCGAUCGAUGUUAAGUUCCCGUCUUCACUUUUUCCAUUCCUCGGUAAAUUUAAGCUAUAAAGGAUGUUUAGUGAAGCAGAUAUUCUUCAAAUAGCAGUUGUCAUCUCCUGAGUUGUAUUUUUGCUGUUCCCAUUAUGUUUUUAAGGCAGAAGUUCGGCUGUUUUUUCUCUACCCCAUUUUUUAAGCUAUUUUCUUCAGCCCUACCUAAACCCUUGAGCUAACCCAACCUCGUCCCCAAGGAUUCUCGAUUGCCGUCCAUUUUUCUGGCAAUAGCCUGUACUAUUGACGUCAUGUUACCGGACAUUCGCUAACCGGCGUCUACCAAAUUUGGUCAACGCCAGCUGGUUUUAAAGAAUAAGCCGAUGGAUUUGAGGCAGUCAAUAAUGAUAUUAAUUUAUUUCAUUCUUUGUUCCAGAUCUUCAGAAUGAAAAACAGAGACGACUUUUGUAUUAUCAAGAAAUGGAGCAAAUGGCGCAGACGGCCAAAACCCUGAUAGAGGGAGUGAGUCAGAUACAGACCACGUUCACUUCUGCUACUCAUGUGGAACAUAUUAGACCCAUGUUCAAGGUAUUUACCCCUUUUUGUGAGUAUUUAUUCUGCAGUGCAAUCUCGAUAUAUCAAACUGUCAAGAGACUGGAAAAAGUCGUUCGUUAUAACAAUACAUCAGGGUGUUGUUCCAUAAAUUGCUUUAUAAGAAUGUCAUUCGUUAUACCGAGGUCUUGUUUGCCACAUGUGGUGUUCGAUGCUUACCUCUGGCCUUACUUAAAUUUAUCGUUCUCAACGGUAGUGAAGGCUACAAGAUAUAAUAUUGCACUCUUCAUUGCUUUUGUGGUUAUGUUUUUACAGGUGACCUGGAGUCCGUUCCUCGCAGCAUUUAGUGUAAAUCUGCAGCAUUCGGAUGACCAGCAAGUGGCUUCGCUGUGUUUGGACGGCAUUCGUUGUGCAAUCAGAAUUGGAUGUAUAUUUGGAAUGCAGGUAAUGUCAAGACUGCAAUCGACAUUUUCUAGACAAAUGUCCUUGGGACUGUGAUGCAGUAUCCGUAAUUAUGUGUGAUUUCUGGCGGCCGAAAGUGUCGAAAAUAUCCGUGGCAUCUCUCCUUCUCUCCCUACCCUUUACAGUGAUGAAAGUUGGGGAAACUUCUGGAUACACUUGUUUGUGGGAGUGAGGGAAGGGGUUGGGCAUGUGUGAUUUGGAAAAAGCCCCAGAAAUGCAAAUUUUAUCUCAAGAGUUUUAUCCAUGAUUUUGGGUGCAGUGGUUGCAGUUUACAUUUCCUGUAUGGUUCGGCGUAAUGCAAAGUGUCCUUUUUUUUCUUUCUUACAAUUAAACCUUCGUUUACAUACUGGAUGAAAAGUUGGUGUCACUGUCAAAAAUUAAAAGAAUAAGACGUAGUGGUUGGCAACCAGAAUGAAAUUUCGUCUCUGCUGGCAAGGAGACCAUGAGUCAACACGAGCUGUCGCCUUGUUUCAGUUGAAUCAUUGCUCAGGCUUCGUCCACACGUUUUCGGGUAUAUUCACACAAAAACGCUAGAUCGAUGGAAAUACCAUUGCAUACUUUACAGGGCAGGUAGAUCACUUUUCGUUACAUGAAAAACUGUUUUUGCAUGUUUGCUUUGUACAUUUCAGCUGGAACGUGACAGUUUUGUCCAGGCCCUGUCACGCUUUACACUCCUGACAGCAACAGCAGGACUGCACGAAAUUAAAACCAAGAACAUUGACACCAUCAAGACCCUAAUCACUGUCGCACAGACAGAUGGGAACUAUCUUGGACGGGCUUGGCAUGAGGUACUUAAACUAUAAACAAAAAUGAGGCCUUGAUUGUAUGGUGGCAAUGAAUAGGAAGCGAUAAUCAAACAAAUACCUCUACGCCCAAGUUUAUGUAAAGGAAAUCUGGAGGAAGUAAAGGAAUCUCCAAGCCUUUCAAUAUGUAAAAAAGAUUUAUCGUGAGUUGGGUAAUUUAUCCAAGGAGACGAAGAUGGUCGUUCUUGCGGGGAUUUCGCGAGCUAUCUGUAUGAGACCAAAUCAGUCAUUUCCGCCAAAAAUAAAGCCUUAUACACCAGGGGUAGAGCGUGCUAUGCUUAUAUCUUACCGAUCUAUUUCUUUUGUGCUCCAUGUUUGUGUUAUGUCACUUGAUCUUGACGUGUGUUAUACAUCAUUGUUUUGUAGAUACUGAGAUGCAUAUCUCAGCUCGAACUAGCUCAGCUGAUUGGAACGGGUGUAAAAAGUAUGGGACCAACAGGAGGGGUGGGGCAAGGCGCUAAUACCCCAGUGGCUAUGGGUACCACUGGCCUUGCUCCCUCUCAAGCCCAUGAAUUGGUGAAUGGUAAGAAAUCUAUAAUUUACCCAAAUUUCUGCCAUCGAGGUGCGCAUGCUGUAGUGACCAUUUGUGUUUUGUCGUUUGCAUAUUUCGUCAGAUCCGAAGAAAAUAGCUUACAUUCAAGAAACUGUUGGAGAGACAAGUUCUCAAAGUGUUGUGGUCGCAGUGGACAGGUAGGUGCUUUAAAGCAAUUUUUCUUGAAAUGUUUUCGUUUAGAGUUUACCCUGCGAGCAGAGGAUUCUUUCUUGCAUGGCUUUUAAGGCUUAUUAAGUCGUUCGCGUCGCUUGUCAGUCGCGUAGUUGGUUUGUUUUAUAUCUCCCCAGGGUAUUUGGAGUUUGAAGCAACCUAUUAAUUGUCUUCUUUUUAUUCCAUUUCGCUUAGAAUUUUCACGGGAUCCACGAAACUUGACGGAGAUGCCAUAGGUAAGUAGGUAGCUUACAUCCUGCGGGCGUACGAAGGGAGACAUAAUUUUUUCUGACAGCGCAUUCAUGAGCGAACACCUGAAAACAGCUUCCGCUUUCGCUUAAAUAAUGACUGAUUAUCAUAAUAUCAUUUACAACUAUUAUUAUUAUUGUUGUUGUUGCUGUUAUUUUCCUGCCACUUUCUUGGAUUACCACUUUUUUUAAGACCAUAAGGCACCUUGUUUAUCCCCCGUAACAAAAUUUGCAUAACCAUUAUUUCCAAUUUCUCCUGGUUAUUGCGGUCGUCCCAAGGAAAAUCGAAGACAAUGGUUAUGCAAAUUGUUUGGGGUAAACAAGAUGCAUUAUGGUCUAGGUGAAAAUAGCGAAUUGGCCCUGUGAUACUUGCAAUCGACGGAACUUUGUAUUCUUUUAAAUGUGAAGUUACAGUAUUCGACUUUGAUAAAACCGAAGGUCUUUGGUUUCAAUUUAUAUAGCAACACUCCUAACCCUAAAUGGAAGCUAACCUUUUUGAGUCAGUGCUUAACCCUAAUCACUACUUUCAGUGAUUUAUCCUAAGCAAUUUAGUCAGAAUCCCGUAUGAAUAGCAAAUACAAGUCCGUGUACGGGUCCCGUACGAAGAGCCACUCGGUUGAAAUGAACUUCUUAAAAUAUAACGAAAGCUGGUUCCCCUGGAUUGUAAAGUGAAAAUAGCGACAUUUGCAUCGGUGUUGUAAUCAUUCAUAGACUAAUUCCCGUUUUCUUUUGUCUGUCUAGUGGACUUUGUACAAGCACUGGGUGCAAUCUCCUCAGAUGAACUCGCCAACCCAACCCAUCCCAGGAUGUUCAGUUUACAGAAAAUCGUUGAGAUAUCUUACUAUAACAUGAACCGUAUCAGGCUUGAGUGGUCCAGGAUAUGGGCCGUGCUCGGGGAUCACUUUAAUAAGGUACGGCAGCGUUCUUUAACCGAAUCUGAAAUGCCCAAGGUUAUUUCACUGCGGGUGACGUUGAUUUUGCAGUGCUGCUUUGUACAAAAUUGAUUGUCUACAUCAUUUCACAUCACUUUCUCAGCCGCGCUUUAUACUUGUUACGUUGUAUUUGUUUUGAGGUUUGAUUGGCACAUUGAAUUGUCUUAAGUACUUGUGAUUGCUGAAAUCAUAAGAACUUGGAACAUGCUUUUGAAAGCCUCUGCGAAUUUCGCGCGCCAGUUUUACAACGAGUAAGAAGUCCAAGAGAGCUAACGGAUAAAUUUUAUAGCUUCAUAAAGUCGAGAAAACGGUCUAUUUUGUGAUUGAUCCCUAUUUAAAAGACAUUGCAUUUACAGCAGUUAAAAGGAAUGCAAAGUUCUAAACAAGGUAUAUGAAAGGGGUACCAUUUGUCAGUAGAAGGUAUAUGAAAGGGGUACCUGGUACAUAAAAGGGUAAGGGAUUGGACCUCGGAGCGGAGCCUCCCCGUAUAAACAUUUGUUGAGUAUCCCCUUCCGGGCAAAGUCCUUAAUUUGAACCGGAGAUUGAUCAAGAUGCAAUGCGCAAAUUCGGCUUAUUGAUCGAGCUUGAAACUGUAUAAAUUGAAUGACUUUGCUCUAUUUCGCUAUUUAUGGGACGCAUCUGAUCUAUUAGACAGGGGACGCGUAUUAGAUAGGGGCGUCUAAAACCAAAUUAACAUCGUAGAGGGGGCUUUUGUCAGGCAGGAGGCGUUUAUUUGAGAGAAGGCGUCUCCUAGCUCAUUUACGGUAUCACAUUUCAUCGUACGGAUGCAUAUGGCAAGGGAAUUUGUCAUUAGAAUUUCUUAAAAUCCUAAAAUCAUCCAUUUCUUUUAGUGUGGCUGUAAUCCUAACGAAGAUGUUGCGUUUUUCUGCGUGGACUCCUUGCGUCAACUGGCUAUGAAGUUUUUGGAAAAAGGGGAGUUGCCCAAUUUUCGCUUUCAGAAGGAUUUCCUCAGACCCUUUGAAUACAUAGUCAAGAAAAACAGGUAAGUGAUCCUUUCCGUUUAAGGGUCUUAAUACUAACGCGUCGAAGUACGUGUAAAUUAAAACAAGAGGGAGUCGUUAGUAAUAGAGAGGUUUAGAUUCGAGCAUAGGCGCGAGUGCGAGGACGAAAUUUAAAUUUACGUUUUCUUCAUGUAUCCUUAAAAAAAGAUACCUCGGAAAGCUUCUUUGUAAUUUUUUCACCGCACUGUUAAUUUUAUUGAAGGUAGUUAAGCCCGCUCCCAGUAUCCCAAAAUGAUAAAACUUCUAGCAUUCGGUAACCAUAAACUAUUUCCGCCACUAUGACAUUCUCGCUAAGAUUGUCGCGUUUUCCCGGCCAAAAUGACGCUGGUUCACACGCACGCAGUACUUGAUACUGAAAUAAUCUCGUAAUCCUAGUAGUACUUUUCGUGGAAUCUAAAGAUCUCAAAUGAGGUGACGACAACUACGAGUUUCUUUCACGCUCGUAUUCGUACUGGUAGUUAAAUAGGGAUGAAACUCUUAUGUUAUGAAAUUGCAUUUCAAAAGCGCUUCGUCUUCUUUAAAUAUCGGCCGAACGUCAAGAUUCUUAUAAGUAAGGGUUUUUCAGUUAAAACCUAACACAGUUAAAAUCAGAGAUAAAAAACGACGUUUCGACCGGUUGGUUUUUCAAUAUUUUUUUUUAAUGACGAGUAGGUAAUACUCAAACUUAGGAGGUAUUGGCCCUAAAAAAUGCAAUCGAGCCACCUUAAGCCUGUACUCUUAAACAUUAUUGCUUCUCUGCGAUGCGCAUGCCUACGAUUAUUUCAUAAUGCAGCCCUGAUUACAAAAUGCGCAGCUUCCAUCUAUUAUAAAUGCCGCAAACCUUUUUAAUACGAAAUGUAUUAGUUAUCAUAAAAUGGCGCAAAACAGUUGCGCCCUUAGCUGACCUUCCUUUUUCAUUUUUCUAAAACAAAAAUGGGUAGCUCGGGUGAUGGAAAACGAAAUGUGGGCAUGGUUUAAGCAAUUCAAGAGACUCGAAAAACAAGUUCCGUGUGAGAAUAUUCUGUUUCGUCACGCCGCCGUGACGUGUUUGAUAAUAAGCUGACAGUUCCGAAAGAAAAAACAAGACAAACAAAGAAAGAAAAAAACUAAUUCUGUGUUUAGCGAGACUUAGUUGAUGAUCUUAAGGGUCCGCGAAAAUAGCUCUUUCAGCGGAAACACUUUGUUACGAACAGCAAUUUAAAAUACGGUAAAAAUCUGACUUGCAUCAUAAAUCACAGGAAAAAGCUCCCACAAAGAAAAGACAGAAAGUGAGAUUUGUCAGCGAUGCACUAUUGGAAGAAAAACAAAUUAAAUUCCGUUUGUCUUAGGUUUCGUACAAAGUUUCCUUUUUAGUCGAAAGAAUCUAAAUACACAUCUUUUUUCGAUUACGAAUUUAAUAAUUUCGCAAAUUUCGUCUCGUCCGCAAAUAAUCAUUGCCUGGAAAAUUAAAAUUUUGAGCUGUGGCAAGGUGAGCAAUCAUCAGAGUAAGCAGUUAAAUCAAUUUAGAAAAUUGGCCAAGUUAUCUAAAAUGAGGCAGUUUAUUGCUGAUUGAAGAAUUUUGAAGCAUACGCGUAUAUCUUUCGCUUUUGUCUGUUUGAAUAUUUUUUAUUGUUAAUAGAAAGAUAAAAAAUAGUAAUAAAAAGAGGUGAAAGAAAUCCUCAGUUACCGAUUAAGUUACACUCAGAAGCAACAAGCUUGAAUAUUUUACCGCAAAGGAAAAAAACUAACUUACACGGCAUGUGUGCAAAAGCAAGAUGGCAGUGAAACAUUCUUAUGCGAUGCGAUGUCAGUGAUACUGUAACAUCAUCGUUUUCAAAAAGUUCCGUUUUCAUCCGCCUUCCAGGUGUUCACACAACUUAAGGCAAACCAGCGCUUUCAAAACUUCCGUUUUGGAAAGCGUUUUAAAAAUAUGUUGCGGAUUCUUUGACCGUAUUCAUCGGAGACGCGAGGAUGGAAGUUUUAAACUAAAGUUACAAUUCGUAAGAAAAUGUCUGGAUUAAAAAAAUCCGGAUAUGUAUGGACGAUGCCUAAAUUGAUCAAAGGAGUUUUUAUCUGCUUUAGCAAAUAAAUUUAGUAUAAAAAUUUCAAAACUCAGAGCAACUAUUGAAAACAAAAUCGAAUAUUUUGUUCGAAUCGCUCAAACUUCAUCAGCGAUGAAAAAUGUCACGUUAGGUAACAGAAACUUCUGCCGUUUCCGAGCGUUGCCAAGCAACGGGUCAUAACAUCAACUCACCCAAUGUUAACGUUCUAUCUGAGGAAAAUUACACCGUCAAGCGCCGCGUCAAGGAGGCGGCCAUCGCCAUUAAGCAAAGGAAAGGGACGAGGGUGAAAAGGUUGAAACCUCCGUCAACUGAAUAGAUUUUGUUCAUAAGAAAGCAAUUUAGUAGACCAUCUGUUGACAAUUCAUUAUCAGAGAAAUGUAUACUCAAGGGCGAUGGACGAAAUUAUUUAACUUUUAGGUUAACAAUCAAAUGGUUCAUGAAGGUGAAUUAUAGUCGUUAUUAAUUAACGAAGAUUCAUACGGCUAUGCCAGAUAGCCUUACGUUAAUUGAUUUUGACUGUGCCUCCAUAGCCGAUAACAUUAUUAUUUCUGUCUCUUUAUCUGUUCAAAUUCGUACUGUUGUUUCUUUUCGUUUGCUUCGCGUUUCGAGUUGUGGUGUUGCAUUGUUCAAUGUUCCACGACUUGUGCAGAUGUGUAUCUUUUAAGUAUUUCAAUAAGAGCUACGCGAAACUCUCUUAUUCUAAUGCAGUAGAUAAUUGGGUUGAUGAGCGAGUUAAGAAUGGCAACAAAAAUUGCUGACAUUAAAGAAAUAUAUGACGCAGUUAACGAGUAUAUGAUAGAAUUUGUUAUGAGUAUUCGAACAACAAGCGUGGGUAAAGAUGUCAACACUAAGGCAACAAGUAUCAUCGUUGUGAGCUGAAAAGCUCUUUUGUCCUUUAAGAACUUUUGUCUGUGUUCCAGUGAGAUUUGGUGGGCUGCGAUUCGCUUUCUAAGACUUCGAGUCUCCUGGAGAAUUACAAUUUGACAGAAAGUAAUGAUAGCCACCCAUAAGCAGCCCGUCAUAUUGUUGACAACCAAGUAAAUAUCGUUGUCUAUGAAACUCAGAGGUACUGUUAGGAGGAAUGAAACAACCCACACGAAAGCGGACCCACGGAAUAAACGACCUCUAGUGACUAGGAUCUUGUACUUCAGCGAGUGCUUGAUAGCAAUAUAUCUUUCUAUGUUAAUAACUGUUAGGUGAAGAAAUGUAGCUGCGCCCAACACCCUGAUAACGUAUACCGACGCUGCUAAUAGCGUGCAGUACGAGCUUGAUCUCUCCCCUGUAACAGUACUGCCAGUUGUACGGCGAAAAAAGGCUGUCCAAUUACUCCCAUCACACAAUCGGUUGUCGCUAAACACGCGAGUGCAACGUUGCUCGUGGUUUUUAGGCGUGGUUUAGUUUUCACGGUGAUUAUGACCAGUCCAUUUAAAACGCUUGUUAAGGGGAGAGAGAGAAUGUUUAAGAUUAUUAGGCACAAGAGUACCGUAUAUGCCUUUCUGGUACUUUCGUUUAAACUCCCUCCCAAGAAAAUGGAAAGAUCACAGUCUGGGGUAAUCUCCUCGGUGUGGAAAGUCGCGCUUCGGUUCCUCUUUAGUUCCUUGUCUGGUUUAAAGUUCGUUUAGUCUCGUUUGGACAGGAGGAACGCGUCGUCCGGUCCGUGUUAAACUCAAGAUUAGUCGAUCCGCUAGAUAAUACAUUUCGUUGGAAACUUGAUUUAACUGAGGAAUAUUCUCUGCUUUGAACAUCAUUUAUUGAAGUGCUUGACAAGAGGCCGCCGUUUGAAACGUCGAACUUUACACGUGCCAGAUUUAAUGCUAAUGAAGGAAAUUGUUCUUGCUCCUUUGCAUUAGAUUCGGCAUAUGUGAAUGAAGUUCGACGUUUAAAAAAAGGCCUGUUUUAAGUAUUUUAAAAAUACUUACCGGCCUUUUGUUAAAUACUUCAUUUAGUUUGGUCAUGUGUUGUGCUCUUUUUGCCUGGUGUCUUUUCAAAUUUGAAAUCAUGUAAUACUCAUAAGCUUUAAAACUGCAUUAAGGUCUACUUGCCUGAAUUAAAUAACAUUGUUUCUCUGCAAUGCGCAUGCCUACGAUUAUUUCAUAAUGUAGCCCUGAUUACAAAAUGCGUAGCUUCCAUCUAUUUCCAAUGCCGUAAACCUUCUUAAUACAAAAUGUGUUAGUUAUCAUAAAAUGCUGCAAGACAGUUGCGCUCCUAGCUUACCUUCUUUUUACAUUUUCCUAAAACAAAAAUGGGUAGCUUGGGUGAUGUGAAGCGAAAUGUGGGCAUGGUCUAAGCAAGAAACUCGAAAAAUAUGUUCCGUGUGAGAAUGUUCUGUUUCGUCGCGCCGUGACGUGUUUGAUAAUAAGCUGACAAUUCCGAAAGAAAGAAAAAACUAAUUUUGUGUUUAGCGAGACUCAAGUGAUGAUCUUAAGGGUCCGAGAGAAUAGCUCUUUCAGCGGAAACACUUUGUUGCGAACAGCAAUUUAAAAUUCGGUAAAAAGCCGACUUGCAUCAUAAAUUACAGAUAAAAGCUACCACAAAAAAAGACAGAAAGUGAGAUUUGUCAGCGAUGCACUAUUGGAAGAAAAACAAAUUAAAUUUCAUUUGUCUUAGGUUUCGUAUAAAGUUUCUUUUUACUCAAAAAUCCAAAAAUACAUCUUUUUUCGAUCAAGAAUUUAAUGAAUAUGCAAAUUUUGUUGUCUCAUCCGCAAAUAAUCAUUGUCAGGAGCCGAUUGUCAUUGUCUGGAAAAUUUAGAUUUAGAGCUGUGUCAAGGUGAACAAUCAUCAAAGUAAGGAGUUUAAAUCAAUUUAGAAAAUAUUGGCCAAGUUAGGCAGUGAGGCAGUUCAUUGCUAAUUAAAGAAUGUUGAAGCAUACGCGUAAAUCUUUCGCUUUUGUCCGUUUGAAUAUUUUUUAUUGUUAAUAGAAAGAUUAAAAACAGUAAAAGAGGUGAAAGAAAUCCUCAGUUACCGGUUAACUUGCAUUCUGAAGUAACAAUUUUGAAUAUUUUACCGCAAAGGAAAAAAACUAACUUACGCUGCAUGUGUGCAAAAGCAAGAUGGCAGUGAAACAUUUUCAUGCUAUGCGAUGUCAGUGAUACUGUAGCAUCAUCGUUUUCUAAAAGUUCCGUUUUUAUCUGCCCACCAGGUGUUCACACAACUCAGGCAAACUAGUGCUUUGAAAACUUUCCGUUCUGGAAAGCUUUUUAAAAAGAUGUUGCGGAUUCUUUGACCGUAUUCAUCGGAUACGCGUGGAUUAAACCAGAUUAAACUAAAGUUAAAAUUCGUAACAAAAUGUCUAGAUUUAAAAAAUCCGGAUAUGUAUGAACGAUGCCUAAAUUGAUCAAAGGUUUUUUAUCUGCUUUAACAAAUCAAUUUAGUAUACAAAUUUUAAAACUCAGAGCAACAAUUAAAAACAAAACUGAAUAUUUCGUUCGAAUCGCUCGAACUUCAUCAGCGAUGUAAAAUGUCACGUUACGUAACAGAAACUUCUGCCGUUUUCGAGCGUUGCCAAGCAACGGGUCAUAACAUCAACUCACACAAUGUUAACGUUCUAUCUGAGGAAAAUUACACCGUCAAGCGCCGCGUCAAGGAGGCGGCCAUCGCCAUUAAGCCAAGGAAAGGGACGAGGGUGUGGACCUCCCGGCCAUAUACAUAGCGUUUCUCCUCUCCCCCUCCCCCCUCCCCCAUCUAAAAUCUCGUCUUCCCUAGCCCCUUAGGAAGGCCUGAUACUCAGGCUACCAUAUACAAUCCUCUCCUGGGAAUACGUAACCUUUCUGUGACGUAAUCUGACAUUUUAUAUGGCUAAUGAAGUUCCCCGGAUGAAGUUUGAGCGAUUCGAACGAAAUAUUCGAUUUUGUUUAAAUUCUUGCGCUGAGUUUUGAAAUUUGUAUACUAGAUAACUAAAUUGGUUACUUGAAUUAUCUUGCUGAUCGAAGUUUACGUACUUACGGUCAAGCCAGGGCAAGCGUACACUCAAGAUUCCACUGGUGAAUGAAUAAAUUGGAAGGUUAAAACCUCCGUCAACUGAAUAGAUUUUGUUCAUAAGAAAGCAAUUUAGUAGACCAUCUGUUGACAAUUCAUUAUCAGAGAAAUGUAUACUCAAGGGCGAUGGACGGAAUUAUUUAACUUUUAGGUUAGCAAUCAAAUGGUUAAUGAAGGUGAAUUAUAAUCGUUAUUAAUUAACGAAGAUUCAUACGGCUAUGUCAGUAGCCUUACGUUAAUUGAUUUUGACCUUGCCUCCAUAGCCGAUAACAUUAUUAUUUCUGUCUCUUUAUCUGUUCAAAUUCGUACUGUUGUUUCUUUUCGUUUGCUUCGCGUUUCGAGUUGUGGUGUUGCAUUGUUCAAUGUUCCACGACUUGUGCAGAUGUGUAUCUUUUAAGUAUUUCAAUAAGAGCUACGCGAAACUCUCUUAUUCUAAUGCAGUAGAUAAUUGGGUUGAUGAGCGAGUUAAGAAUGGCAACAAAAAAUUGCUGACAUUAAAGAAAUAUAUGACGCAGUUAACGAGUAUAUGAUAGAAUUUGUUAUGAGUAUUCGAACAACAAGCGUGGGUAAAGAUGUCAACACUAAGGCAACAAGUAUCAUCGUUGUGAGCUGAAAAGCUCUUUUGUCCUUUAAGAACUUUUGUCUGUGUUCCAGUGAGAUUUGGUGGGCUGCGAUUCGCUUUCUAAGACCUCGAGUCUCCUGGAGAAUUACAAUUUGACAGAAAGUAAUGAUAGCCACCCAUAAGCAGCCCGUCAUAUUGUUGACAACCAAGUAAAUAUCGUUGUCUAUGAAACUCAGAGGUACUGUUAGGAGGAAUGAAACAACCCACACGAAAGCGGACCCACGGAAUAAACGACCUCUAGUGACUAGGAUCUUGUACUUCAGCGAGUGCUUGAUAGCAAUAUAUCUUUCUAUGUUAAUAACUGUUAGGUGAAGAAAUGUAGCUGCGCCCAACACCCUGAUAACGUAUACCGACGCUGCUAAUAGCGUGCAGUACGAGCUUGAUCUCUCUCCCUGUAACAGUACUGCCAGUUGUACGGCGAAAAAAGGCUGUCCAAUUACUCCCAUCACACAAUCGGUUGUCGCUAAACACGCGAGUGCAACGUUGCUCGUGGUUUUUAGGCGUGGUUUAGUUUUCACGGUGAUUAUGACCAGUCCAUUUAAAACGCUUGUUAAGGGGAGAGAGAGAAUGUUUAAGAUUAUUAGGCACAAGAGUACCGUAUAUGCCUUUCUGGUACUUUCGUUUAAACUCCCUCCCAAGAAAAUGGAAAGAUCACAGUCUGGGGUAAUCUCCUCGGUGUGGAAAGUCGCGCUUCGGUUCCUCUUUAGUUCCUUGUCUGGUUUAAAGUUCGUUUAGUCUCGUUUGGACAGGAGGAACGCGUCGUCCGGUCCGUGUUAAACUCAAGAUUAGUCGAUCCGCUAGAUAAUACAUUUCGUUGGAAACUUGAUUUAACUGAGGAAUAUUCUCUGCUUUGAACAUCAUUUAUUGAAGUGCUUGACAAGAGGCCGCCGUUUGAAACGUCGAACUUUACACGUGCCAGAUUUAAUGCUAAUGAAGGAAAUUGUUCUUGCUCCUUUGCAUUAGAUUCGGCAUAUGUGAAUGAAGUUCGACGUUUAAAAAGGCCUGUUUUAAGUAUUUUAAAAAUACUUACCGGCCUUUUGUUAAAUACUUCAUUUAGUUUGGUCAUGUGUUGUGCUCUUUUUUGCCUGGUGUCUUUUCAAAUUUGAAAUCAUGUAAUACUCAUAAGCUUUAAAACUGCAUUAAGGUCUACUUGCCUGAAUUAAAUAACAUUGUUUCUCUGCAAUGCGCAUGCCUACGAUUAUUUCAUAAUGUAGCCCUGAUUACAAAAUGCGUAGCUUCCAUCUAUUUCCAAUGCCGUAAACCUUCUUAAUACAAAAUGUGUUAGUUAUCAUAAAAUGCUGCAAGACAGUUGCGCUCCUAGCUUACCUUCUUUUUACAUUUUCCUAAAACAAAAAUGGGUAGCUUGGGUGAUGUGAAGCGAAAUGUGGGCAUGGUCUAAGCAAGAAACUCGAAAAAUAUGUUCCGUGUGAGAAUGUUCUGUUUCGUCGCGCCGUGACGUGUUUGAUAAUAAGCUGACAAUUCCGAAAGAAAGAAAAAACUAAUUUUGUGUUUAGCGAGACUCAAGUGAUGAUCUUAAGGGUCCGCGAGAAUAGCUCUUUCAGCGGAAACACUUUGUUGCGAACAGCAAUUUAAAAUACGGUAAAAAGCCGACUUGCAUCAUAAAUUACAGAUAAAAGCUACCACAAAAAAAGACAGAAAGUGAGAUUUGUCAGCGAUGCACUAUUGGAAGAAAAACAAAUUAAAUUUCAUUUGUCUUAGGUUUCGUAUAAAGUUUCUUUUUACUCAAAAAUCCAAAAAUACAUCUUUUUUCGAUCAAGAAUUUAAUGAAUAUGCAAAUUUUGUUGUCUCAUCCGCAAAUAAUCAUUGUCAGGAGCCGAUUGUCAUUGUCUGGAAAAUUUAGAUUUAGAGCUGUGUCAAGGUGAACAAUCAUCAAAGUAAGGAGUUUAAAUCAAUUUAGAAAAUAUUGGCCAAGUUAGGCAGUGAGGCAGUUCAUUGCUAAUUAAAGAAUGUUGAAGCAUACGCGUAAAUCUUUCGCUUUUGUCCGUUUGAAUAUUUUUUAUUGUUAAUAGAAAGAUUAAAAACAGUAAAAGAGGUGAAAGAAAUCCUCAGUUACCGGUUAAGUUGCAUUCUGAAGUAAUAAUUUUGAAUAUUUUACCGCAAAGGAAAAAAAAACUAACUUACGCUGCAUGUGUGCAAAAGCAAGAUGGCAGUGAAACAUUUUCAUGCUAUGCAAUGUCAGUGAUACUGUAGCAUCAUCGUUUUCUAAAAGUUCCGUUUUUAUCUGCCCACCAGGUGUUCACACAACUCAGGCAAACUAGUGCUUUGAAAACUUUCCGUUCUGGAAAGCUUUUAAAAAGAUGUUGCGGAUUCUUUGACCGUAUUCAUCGGAUACGCGUGGAUUAAACCAGAUUAAACUAAAGUUAAAAUUCGUAACAAAAUGUCUAGAUUUAAAAAAUCCGGAUAUGUAUGAACGAUGCCUAAAUUGAUCAAAGGUUUUUAUCUGCUUUAACAAAUCAAUUUAGUAUACAAAUUUUAAAACUCAGAGCAACAAUUAAAAACAAAACUGAAUAUUUCGUUCGAAUCGCUCGAACUUCAUCAGCGAUGUAAAAUGUCACGUUACGUAACAGAAACUUCUGCCGUUUUCGAGCGUUGCCAAGCAACGGGUCAUAACAUCAACUCACCCAAUGUUAACGUUCUAUCUGAGGAAAAUUACACCAUCAAGCGCCGCGUCAAGGAGGCGGCCAUCGCCAUUAAGCAAAGGAAAGGGACGAGGGUGUGGACCUCCUGGCCAUAUACAUAGCCUUUCUCUUCUCCCCCCCCCCCCUCCCCCAUCUAAAAUCUCCUCUUCCCUAGCCCCUUAGGAAGGCCUGAUACUCAGGCUACCAUAUACAAUCCUCUCCUGGGAAUACGUAACCUUUCUGUGACGUAAUCUGACAUUUUAUAUGGCUAAUGAAGUUCCCCGGAUGAAGUUCGAGCGAUUCGAACGAAAUAUUCGAUUUUGUUUAAAUUCUUGCGCUGAGUUUUGAAAUUUGUAUACUAGAUAACUAAAUUGGUUACUUGAAUUAUCUUGCUGAUCGAAGUUUACGUACUUACGGUCAAGCCAGGGCAAGCGUACACUCAAGAUUCCACUGGUGAAUGAAUAAAUUGGAAGGUUGAAACCUCCGUCAACUGAAUAGAUUUUGUUCAUAAGAAAGCAAUUUAGUAGACCAUCUGUUGACAAUUCAUUAUCAGAGAAAUGUAUACUCAAGGGCGAUGGACGAAAUUAUUUAACUUUUAGUUUAACAAUCAAAUGGUUCAUGAAGGUGAAUUAUAGUCGUUAUUAAUUAACGAAGAUUCAUACGGCUAUGCCAGAUAGCCUUACGUUAAUUGAUUUUGACUGUGCCUCCAUAGCCGAUAACAUUAUUAUUUCUGUCUCUUUAUCUGUUCAAAUUCGUACUGUUGUUUCUUUUCGUUUGCUUCGCGUUUCGAGUUGUGGUGUUGCAUUGUUCAAUGUUCCACGACUUGUGCAGAUGUGUAUCUUUUAAGUAUUUCAAUAAGAGCUACGCGAAACUCUCUUAUUCUAAUGCAGUAGAUAAUUGGGUUGAUGAGCGAGUUAAGAAUGGCAACAAAAAUUGCUGACAUUAAAGAAAUAUAUGACGCAGUUAACGAGUAUAUGAUAGAAUUUGUUAUGAGUAUUCGAACAACAAGCGUGGGUAAAGAUGUCAACACUAAGGCAACAAGUAUCAUCGUUGUGAGCUGAAAAGCUCUUUUGUCCUUUAAGAACUUUUGUCUGUGUUCCAGUGAGAUUUGGUGGGCUGCGAUUCGCUUUCUAAGACCUCGAGUCUCCUGGAGAAUUACAAUUUGACAGAAAGUAAUGAUAGCCACCCAUAAGCAGCCCGUCAUAUUGUUGACAACCAAGUAAAUAUCGUUGUCUAUGAAACUCAGAGGUACUGUUAGGAGGAAUGAAACAACCCACACGAAAGCGGACCCACGGAAUAAACGACCUCUAGUGACUAGGAUCUUGUACUUCAGCGAGUGCUUGAUAGCAAUAUAUCUUUCUAUGUUAAUAACUGUUAGGUGAAGAAAUGUAGCUGCGCCCAACACCCUGAUAACGUUUACCGACGCUGCUAAUAGCGUGCAGUACGAGCUUGAUCUCUCCCCUGUAACAGUACUGCCAGUUGUACGGCGAAAAAAGGCUGUCCAAUUACUCCCAUCACACAAUCGGUUGUCGCUAAACACGCGAGUGCAACGUUGCUCGUGGUUUUUAGGCGUGGUUUAGUUUUCACGGUGAUUAUGACCAGUCCAUUUAAAACGCUUGUUAAGGGGAGAGAGAAAUGUUUAAGAUUAUUAGGCACAAGAGUACCGUAUAUGCCUUUCUGGUACUUUCGUUUAAACUCCCUCCCAAGAAAAUGGAAAGAUCACAGUCUGGGGUAAUCUCCUCGGUGUGGAAAGUCGCGCUUCGGUUCCUCUUUAGUUCCUUGUCUGGUUUAAAGUUCGUUUAGUCUCGUUUGGACAGGAGGAACGCGUCGUCCGGUCCGUGUUAAACUCAAGAUUAGUCGAUCCGCUAGAUAAUACAUUUCGUUGGAAACUUGAUUUAACUGAGGAAUAUUCUCUGCUUUGAACAUCAUUUAUUGAAGUGCUUGACAAGAGGCCGCCGUUUGAAACGUCGAACUUUACACGUGCCAGAUUUAAUGCUAAUGAAGGAAAUUGUUCUUGCUCCUUUGCAUUAGAUUCGGCAUAUGUGAAUGAAGUUCGACGUUUAAAAAGGCCUGUUUUAAGUAUUUUAAAAAAUACUUACCGGCCUUUUGUUAAAUACUUCAUUUAGUUUGGUCAUGUGUUGUGCUCUUUUUGCCUGGUGUCUUUUCAAAUUUGAAAUCAUGUAAUACUCAUAAGCUUUAAAACUGCAUUAAGGUCUACUUGCCUGAAUUAAAUAACAUUGUUUCUCUGCAAUGCGCAUGCCUACGAUUAUUUCAUAAUGUAGCCCUGAUUACAAAAUGCGUAGCUUCCAUCUAUUUCCAAUGCCGUAAACCUUCUUAAUACAAAAUGUGUUAGUUAUCAUAAAAUGCUGCAAGACAGUUGCGCUCCUAGCUUACCUUCUUUUUACAUUUUCCUAAAACAAAAAUGGGUAGCUUGGGUGAUGUGAAGCGAAAUGUGGGCAUGGUCUAAGCAAGAAACUCGAAAAAUAUGUUCCGUGUGAGAAUGUUCUGUUUCGUCGCGCCGUGACGUGUUUGAUAAUAAGCUGACAAUUCCGAAAGAAAGAAAAAACUAAUUUUGUGUUUAGCGAGACUCAAGUGAUGAUCUUAAGGGUCCGCGAGAAUAGCUCUUUCAGCGGAAACACUUUGUUGCGAACAGCAAUUUAAAAUACGGUAAAAAGCCGACUUGCAUCAUAAAUUACAGAUAAAAGCUACCACAAAAAAAGACAGAAAGUGAGAUUUGUCAGCGAUGCACUAUUGGAAGAAAAACAAAUUAAAUUUCAUUUGUCUUAGGUUUCGUAUAAAGUUUCUUUUUACUCAAAAAUCCAAAAAUACAUCUUUUUUCGAUCAAGAAUUUAAUGAAUAUGCAAAUUUUGUUGUCUCAUCCGCAAAUAAUCAUUGUCAGGAGCCGAUUGUCAUUGUCUGGAAAAUUUAGAUUUAGAGCUGUGUCAAGGUGAACAAUCAUCAAAGUAAGGAGUUUAAAUCAAUUUAGAAAAUAUUGGCCAAGUUAGGCAGUGAGGCAGUUCAUUGCUAAUUAAAGAAUGUUGAAGCAUACGCGUAAAUCUUUCGCUUUUGUCCGUUUGAAUAUUUUUUAUUGUUAAUAGAAAGAUUAAAAACAGUAGAAGAGGUGAAAGAAAUCCUCAGUUACCGGUUAAGUUGCAUUCUGAAGUAAUAAUUUUGAAUAUUUUACCGCAAAGGAAAAAAACUAACUUACGCUGCAUGUGUGCAAAAGCAAGAUGGCAGUGAAACAUUUUCAUGCUAUGCAAUGUCAGUGAUACUGUAGCAUCAUCGUUUUCUAAAAGUUCCGUUUUUAUCUGCCCACCAGGUGUUCACACAACUCAGGCAAACUAGUGCUUUGAAAACUUUCCGUUCUGGAAAGCUUUUUAAAAAGAUGUUGCGGAUUCUUUGACCGUAUUCAUCGGAUACGCGUGGAUUAAACCAGAUUAAACUAAAGUUAAAAUUCGUAACAAAAUGUCUAGAUUUAAAAAAUCCGGAUAUGUAUGAACGAUGCCUAAAUUGAUCAAAGGUUUUUUAUCUGCUUUAACAAAUCAAUUUAGUAUACAAAUUUUAAAACUCAGAGCAACAAUUAAAAACAAAACUGAAUAUUUCGUUCGAAUCGCUCGAACUUCAUCAGCGAUGUAAAAUGUCACGUUACGUAACAGAAACUUCUGCCGUUUUCGAGCGUUGCCGGGCAACGGGUCAUAACAUCAACUCACCCAAUGUUAACGUUCUAUCUGAGGAAAAUUACACCAUCAAGCGCCGCGUCAAGGAGGCGGCCAUCGCCAUUAAGCAAAGGAAAGGGACGAGGGUGUGGACCUCCUGGCCAUAUACAUAGCCUUUCUCUUCUCCCCCUCCCCCCUCCCCCAUCUAAAAUCUCCUCUUCCCUAGCCCCUUAGGAAGGCCUGAUACUCAGGCUACCAUAUACAAUCCUCUCCUGGGAAUACGUAACCUUUCUGUGACGUAAUCUGACAUUUUAUAUGGCUAAUGAAGUUCCCCGGAUGAAGUUCGAGCGAUUCGAACGAAAUAUUCGAUUUUGUUUAAAUUCUUGCGCUGAGUUUUGAAAUUUGUAUACUAGAUAACUAAAUUGGUUACUUGAAUUAUCUUGCUGAUCGAAGUUUACGUACUUACGGUCAAGCCAGGGCAAGCGUACACUCAAGAUUCCACUGGUGAAUGAAUAAAUUGGAAGGUUAAAACCUCCGUCAACUGAAUAGAUUUUGUUCAUAAGAAAGCAAUUUAGUAGACCAUCUGUUGACAAUUCAUUAUCAGAGAAAUGUAUACUCGAGGGCGAUGGACGAAUUUAUUUAACUCGAAAUUAUAAUCGUUAUUAAUUAACGAAGAUUCAUAUGGCUAUGUCAGCUGCCUUACGUUAACUGAUUUUGUCUUCGCCUCCAUAGCCGAUAACAUUAUUAUUUCUGUCUCAGUCUUUAUCUGUUCACUUUCGUACAGUUGUUUCUUUUCGUUUGCUUCGCGUUUCGAGCGGCGGUGUUGCAUUGUUCAGUGUUCUACGACUUGUGCAGUUGUGUAUCUUUUAAGUAUUUCAAUAAAAGCUACGCGAAACUCUCUUAUUCUAAUGCAGUAGAUAAUUGGGUUGAUGAGCGAGUUAAGAAUGCCCAAAAAAAUUGCUGACAUUAAAGAAAUAUAUGACACAGUUAACGAGUGUAUGAUAGAAUUUGUUAUGAGUAUUCGAACAACAAUCGUGGGUAAAAAUGUCAACACCAAGGCAAAAAGUAUAAUUGUUGUGAGCUGAAAAGCUCUCUUGUCCUUUAAAAACUUUUUCCUGUCUUCCAGUGAAAUUUGAUGGGCUGCGAUUCGCUUUUUCAGAGUUCGAGUCUCCUGGAGAAUUACGAUUUGACAGAAAGUAACGAUAGCCACCCAUAAGCAGCCCGUCAUAUUGUUGACAACCAAGUAAAUUUCGUUGUCUACGAAACUCAGAGGUACUGUUAGGAGAAAUGAAACAACCCACACGAAAGCGGACCCACGGAGUAAACGACCUCUAGUGACUAGGAUCUUGUACCUCAGCGAGUGCUUGAUAGCAAUAUAUCUUUCUAUGUUAAUAACUGUUAGGUGAAGAAAUGUAGCUGCGCCCAACACCCUGAUAACGUUUACCGACGCUGCUAAUAGCGUGCAGUACGAGCUUGAACUCUCUCCCUGUAACAGUACUGCCAGUUGUACGGCGAAAAAGGGCUGUCCAAUCACUCCCAUCACACAAUCGGUUGUCGCUAAACACGCGAGUGCAACGUUGCUCGUGGUUUUUAGGCGUGGUUUAGUUUUCACGGUGAUUAUGACCAGUCCAUUUAAAACGCUUGUUAAGGGGAGAGAGAGAAAGUUUAAGAUUAUUAGGCACAAGAGUACCGUAUAUGCCUUUCUAGUACUUUCGUUUAAACUCCCUCCCAAGAAAAUGGAAAGAUCGCAGUCUGAGGCUUUCUCGUCGGUGUGGAAAGUCGCGCUUCGGUUCAUCUUUAGUUCCUUGUCUGGUUUAAAGUUCUUUUAGUCUUGUUUGGACAGGAGGAACGCGUCGUCCGGUCUGUGUUAAACUCAAGAUUACUCGAUCCGCUAGAUAAUACAUUUCGUUGGAAACUUGAUUUAACUCUGCUUUGAACAUCAUUUAUUGAAGUGCUUGACAAGAGGCCGCCGUUUGAAACGUCGAAGUUUACACGUGCCAGAUUUAAUGCUAAUGAAGGAAAUUGUUCUUGCUCCUUUGCAUUAGAUUCGGCAUAUGUGAAUGAAGUUCGACUUUUAAAAAAGGCCUGUUUUUAAGUAUUAAAAUACUUACCGGCCUUUUGUCAAAUACUUCAUUUAGUUUGGUCAUGUGUUGUGCUCUUUUUGCCUGGUGUCUUUUCAAAUUUGAAAUCAUGUAAUACUCAUAAGCUUUAAAAGUGCAUUAAGGUCUACUUGCCGUGAAUUAAAUAACAUUGUUUCUCUGCAAUGCGCAUGCCUACGAUUAUUUCAUAAUGUAGCCCUGAUUACAAAAUGCGUAGCUUCCAUCUAUUUCCAAUGCCGUAAACCUUCUUAAUACAAAAUGUGUUAGUUAUCAUAAAAUGCUGCAAGACAGUUGCGCUCCUAGCUUACCUUCUUUUUACAUUUUCCUAAAACAAAAAUGGGUAGCUUGGGUGAUGUGAAGCGAAAUGUGGGCAUGGUCUAAGCAAGAAACUCGAAAAAUAUGUUCCGUGUGAGAAUGUUCUGUUUCGUCGCGCCGUGACGUGUUUGAUAAUAAGCUGACAAUUCCGAAAGAAAGAAAAAACUAAUUUUGUGUUUAGCGAGACUCAAGUGAUGAUCUUAAGGGUCCGCGAGAAUAGCUCUUUCAGCGGAAACACUUUGUUGCGAACAGCAAUUUAAAAUACGGUAAAAAGCCGACUUGCAUCAUAAAUUACAGAUAAAAGCUACCACAAAAAAAGACAGAAAGUGAGAUUUGUCAGCGAUGCACUAUUGGAAGAAAAACAAAUUAAAUUUCAUUUGUCUUAGGUUUCGUAUAAAGUUUCUUUUUACUCAAAAAUCCAAAAAUACAUCUUUUUUCGAUCAAGAAUUUAAUGAAUAUGCAAAUUUUGUUGUCUCAUCCGCAAAUAAUCAUUGUCAGGAGCCGAUUGUCAUUGUCUGGAAAAUUUAGAUUUAGAGCUGUGUCAAGGUGAACAAUCAUCAAAGUAAGGAGUUUAAAUCAAUUUAGAAAAUAUUGGCCAAGUUAGGCAGUGAGGCAGUUCAUUGCUAAUUAAAGAAUGUUGAAGCAUACGCGUAAAUCUUUCGCUUUUGUCCGUUUGAAUAUUUUUUAUUGUUAAUAGAAAGAUUAAAAACAGUAAAAGAGGUGAAAGAAAUCCUCAGUUACCGGUUAAGUUGCAUUCUGAAGUAACAAUUUUGAAUAUUUUACCGCAAAGGAAAAAAACUAACUUACGCUGCAUGUGUGCAAAAGCAAGAUGGCAGUGAAACAUUUUCAUGCUAUGCAAUGUCAGUGAUACUGUAGCAUCAUCGUUUUCUAAAAGUUCCGUUUUUAUCUGCCCACCAGGUGUUCACACAACUCAGGCAAACUAGUGCUUUGAAAACUUUCCGUUCUGGAAAGCUUUUUAAAAAGAUGUUGCGGAUUCUUUGACCGUAUUCAUCGGAUACGCGUGGAUUAAACCAGAUUAAACUAAAGUUAAAAUUCGUAACAAAAUGUCUAGAUUUAAAAAAUCCGGAUAUGUAUGGACGAUGCCUAAAUUGAUCAAAGGUUUUUUAUCUGCUUUAACAAAUCAAUUUAGUAUACAAAUUUUAAAACUCAGAGCAACAAUUAAAAACAAAACUGAAUAUUUCGUUCGAAUCGCUCGAACUUCAUCAGCGAUGUAAAAUGUCACGUUACGUAACAGAAACUUCUGCCGUUUUCGAGCGUUGCCGGGCAACGGGUCAUAACAUCAACUCACACAAUGUUAACGUUCUAUCUGAGGAAAAUUACACCAUCAAGCGCCGCGUCAAGGAGGCGGCCAUCGCCAUUAAGCAAAGGAAAGGGACGAGGGUGUGGACCUCCUGGCCAUAUACAUAGCCUUUCUCUUCUCCCCCUCCCCCCUCCCCCCAUCUAAAAUCUCCUCUUCCCUAGCCCCUUAGGAAGGCCUGAUACUCAGGCUACCAUAUACAAUCCUCUCCUGGGAAUACGUAACCUUUCUGUGACGUAAUCUGACAUUUUAUAUGGCUAAUGAAGUUCCCCGGAUGAAGUUCGAGCGAUUCGAACGAAAUAUUCGAUUUUGUUUAAAUUCUUGCGCUGAGUUUUGAAAUUUGUAUACUAGAUAACUAAAUUGGUUACUUGAAUUAUCUUGCUGAUCGAAGUUUACGUACUUACGGUCAAGCCAGGGCAAGCGUACACUCAAGAUUCCACUGGUGAAUGAAUAAAUUGGAAGGUUAAAACCUCCGUCAACUGAAUAGAUUUUGUUCAUAAGAAAGCAAUUUAGUAGACCAUCUGUUGACAAUUCAUUAUCAGAGAAAUGUAUACUCGAGGGCGAUGGACGAAUUUAUUUAACUCGAAAUUAUAAUCGUUAUUAAUUAACGAAGAUUCAUAUGGCUAUGUCAGCUGCCUUACGUUAACUGAUUUUGUCUUCGCCUCCAUAGCCGAUAACAUUAUUAUUUCUGUCUCAGUCUUUAUCUGUUCACUUUCGUACAGUUGUUUCUUUUCGUUUGCUUCGCGUUUCGAGCGGCGGUGUUGCAUUGUUCAGUGUUCUACGACUUGUGCAGUUGUGUAUCUUUUAAGUAUUUCAAUAAAAGCUACGCGAAACUCUCUUAUUCUAAUGCAGUAAAUAAUUGGGUUGAUGAGCGAGUUAAGAAUGCCCAAAAAAAUUGCUGACAUUAAAGAAAUAUAUGACACAGUUAACGAGUGUAUGAUAGAAUUUGUUAUGAGUAUUCGAACAACAAUCGUGGGUAAAAAUGUCAACACCAAGGCAAAAAGUAUAAUUGUUGUGAGCUGAAAAGCUCUCUUGUCCUUUAAAAACUUUUUCCUGUCUUCCAGUGAAAUUUGAUGGGCUGCGAUUCGCUUUUUCAGAGUUCGAGUCUCCUGGAGAAUUACGAUUUGACAGAAAGUAACGAUAGCCACCCAUACGCAGCCCGUCAUAUUGUUGACAACCAAGUAAAUUUCGUUGUCUACGAAACUCAGAGGUACUGUUAGGAGAAAUGAAACAACCCACACGAAAGCGGACCCACGGAAUAAACGACCUCUAGUGACUAGGAUCUUGUACUUCAGCGAGUGCUUGAUAGCAAUAUAUCUUUCUAUGUUAAUAACUGUUAGGUGAAGAAAUGUAGCUGCGCCCAACACCCUGAUAACGUUUACCGACGCUGCUAAUAGCGUGCAGUACGAGCUUGAACUCUCUCCCUGUAACAGUACUGCCAGUUGUACGGCGAAAAAGGGCUGUCCAAUCACUCCCAUCACACAAUCGGUUGUCGCUAAACACGCGAGUGCAACGUUGCUCGUGGUUUUUAGGCGUGGUUUAGUUUUCACGGUGAUUAUGACCAGUCCAUUUAAAACGCUUGUUAAGGGGAGAGAGAGAAAGUUUAAGAUUAUUAGGCACAAGAGUACCGUAUAUGCCUUUCUAGUACUUUCGUUUAAACUCCCUCCCAAGAAAAUGGAAAGAUCGCAGUCUGAGGCUUUCUCGUCGGUGUGGAAAGUCGCGCUUCGGUUCAUCUUUAGUUCCUUGUCUGGUUUAAAGUUCUUUUAGUCUUGUUUGGACAGGAGGAACGCGUCGUCCGGUCUGUGUUAAACUCAAGAUUACUCGAUCCGCUAGAUAAUACAUUUCGUUGGAAACUUGAUUUAACUCUGCUUUGAACAUCAUUUAUUGAAGUGCUUGACAAGAGGCCGCCGUUUGAAACGUCGAAGUUUACACGUGCCAGAUUUAAUGCUAAUGAAGGAAAUUGUUCUUGCUCCUUUGCAUUAGAUUCGGCAUAUGUGAAUGAAGUUCGACUUUUAAAAAAGGCCUGUUUUUAAGUAUUAAAAUACUUACCGGCCUUUUGUCAAAUACUUCAUUUAGUUUGGUCAUGUGUUGUGCUCUUUUUGCCUGGUGUCUUUUCAAAUUUGAAAUCAUGUAAUACUCAUAAGCUUUAAAAGUGCAUUAAGGUCUACUUGCCGUGAAUUAAAUAACAUUGUUUCUCUGCAAUGCGCAUGCCUACGAUUAUUUCAUAAUGUAGCCCCGAUUACAAAAUGCGUAGCUUCCAUCUAUUUCCAAUGCCGUAAACCUUCUUAAUACAAAAUGUGUUAGUUAUCAUAACAUGCCGCAAGACAGUUGCGCUCCUAGUUUACCUUCUUUUUACGUUUUCCUAAAACAAAAAUGGGUAGCUUGGGUGAUGGGAAGCCGAUGUGGGUAUGGUCUAAGCAAGAACACUCGAAAAAUAUGUUCCGUGUGAGAAUAUUCUGUUUCGUCGCGCCGUGACAUGUUUGAUAAUAAGCUGACAGUUCCAAAAGAAAGAAAAAACUAAUUUUUUGUUUAGCGGGACUCAAGUGAUGAUCUUAAGGGUUCGCGAGAAUAGCUCUUUCAGCGGAAACACUUUGUUGCGAACAGCAAUUUAAAAUACGGUAAAAAGCCGACUUGCAUCAUAAAUUACAGAUAAAAGCUACCACAAAAAAAGACAGAAAGUGAGAUUCACUUUGUCAGCGAUACACUGUUGGAAGAAAAACAAAUUAAAUUCCGUUUGUCUUAGGUUUCGUAUAAAGUUUCUUUUUACUCAAAAAUCCAAAAAUACAUCUUUUUUCGACCAAGAAUUUAAUGAAUAUGCAAAUUUUGUUGUCUCGUCCGCAAAUAAUCAUUGUCAGGAGCCGAUUGUCAUUGUCUGGAAAAUUUAGAUUUAGAGCUGUGUCAAGGUGAACAAUCAUCAAAGUAAGGAGUUUAAAUCAAUUUAGAAAAUAUUGGCCAAGUUAGGCAGUGAGGCAGUUCAUUGCUAAUUAAAGAAUGUUGAAGCAUACGCGUAAAUCUUUCGCUUUUGUCCGUUUGAAUAUUUUUUAUUGUUAAUAGAAAGAUUAAAAACAGUAAAAGAGGUGAAAGAAAUCCUCAGUUACCGGUUAAGUUGCAUUCUGAAGUAACAAUUUUGAAUAUUUUACCGCAAAGGAAAAAAACUAACUUACGCUGCAUGUGUGCAAAAGCAAGAUGGCAGUGAAACAUUUUCAUGCUAUGCGAUGUCAGUGAUACUGUAGCAUCAUCGUUUUCUAAAAGUUCCGUUUUUAUCUGCCCACCAGGUGUUCACACAACUCAGGCAAACUAGUGCUUUGAAAACUUUCCGUUCUGGAAAGCUUUUUAAAAAGAUGUUGCGGAUUCUUUGACCGUAUUCAUCGGAUACGCGUGGAUUAAACCAGAUUAAACUAAAGUUAAAAUUCGAAACAAAAUGUCUAGAUUUAAAAAAUCCGGAUAUGUAUGGACGAUGCCUAAAUUGAUCAAAGAGGUUUUUUAUCUGCUUUAACAAAUCAAUUUAGUAUACAAAUUUUAAAACUCAGAGCAACAAUUAAAAACAAAACUGAAUAUUUCGUUCGAAUCGCUCGAACUUCAUCAGCGAUGUAAAAUGUCACGUUACGUAACAGAAACUUCUGCCGUUUUCGAGCGUUGCCGGGCAACGAGUCAUAACAUCCAUCCACACAAUGUUAAAGUUUUCUAGAGGAAAAUUACACAAUCAAGCGCCGCGUCAAGGAGUCCGCCGUCGCCACCAAGCAAAGAAAAGAGACGAGGGUGUGGACCUCCCGGCCAUAUACAAUUCUCUCCUGGGAAUACGUAGCCUUUCUGUUACGUCGUAAUCUGACAUUUUAUGUCGCUGAUGAAGUUCGCCGGAUAAAGUUCGAGCGGUUUGAUUUUGUUUUAAAUUGUUGCUCAGAGUUUUGAAAUUUGUACUCUAUAGAUGCCCAAAUUGGUUUCUGGGUGAUCGAAGUUUAUCUACUUCAAUUAUCUUAUUUAUCUGGGUUCGUUAGCUUUAUCCAGAUAGAAAAAGUGGCUGGGAAAUUAAUUUUUCCAUGACAUAAUCGCUUUGGCAGGGAGUUGCGUCUUAUCCAAAAAUCGACGCAAACGUUAUUAUAAUAGAUUAUAUUAUAUUAAAACUCGAAAAAAAAAAAACGAAAUUGAAACCUCCGCCAACUGAAUAGAUUGUUUUCAAGUGAAAGUAAUUUAGUAGACCAUCAGUUGACAAUUCAUUAUCAGAGAAGUAAAUAUUCGAGGGUGGUGGACGAAGUUAUAAUUUUUUCAACAGAGAUGGUUGCAAACGUUUCAGUUAAAAGGUGAACUGAAAUCGUUAUUAACUAAAAGAUUCAUUUGGCAAAUUUAUAGUAUUUUUUAUCAAGUAGUGCUGAUGGUGUGGUUUGUUCAUCUUAUUUACAAGUAGCAUCUGAGUCGCCAUAUGUUGUUUGAUGUUGUUUCAUUUGCUUCCAUAGCCGCUAUUACUGUUAUUCCUGUCUCUUGAUCAGUUCACAGUCAUGCUGUUGUUUCUGUUUUUGUGCUUUGCGUUUCGAGCGGUGCUGCAUUGCUUAGUGUUCCAAAGGUUCGAAUUUGAGUGUUAUCAUCUUGUACACUUAUUCUUCUUCUGCAGAGUAUUUUAAUAAAGGCUACGCGAAACUCUCUUAUUCUAAUGCAGUAGAUUAUUGGGUUGAUAAGCGAGUUUAGAAUGCAUGCGAAAAUAGCUGACAUUAAAGAAAUAUAUGACACAUUUUUUGAGUAUAUGAUAGAAUUGGUUAUGAGUAUUCGUACAACAAACAUUGGUGAAUAUGUCAAUACUAAGACAAAAAGUACAAUCGUUGUUAGCUGAAAAGCUCUUUUGUCCUUUAAAAACUUUUGCCUUUCUUCCGGUGAAACAUGAAGGACUGCGAUUCGCUUUCUAAGACUUCGAGUCUCCUGCAGAAUCACAAUUUGACAGAAAGUAAUAAUCGCCAUGCAUAAGCAGCCCGUCGUAUUGCUAACCACCAGGUAAAUAUCGUUGUUUGUGAAACUCAAAGGUACUGUUGGCAAGAAUGAAACAACCCACGCGAAUGCGGACCCACGGAGUAAACGACCUCUGGUGACCAGGGUCUUGUACUUCAGCGAGUGCUUUAUAGCAAUGUAUCUUUCUAUGUUCAUGACGGUUAUAUGAAGAAAUGAAGCUACGCCCAACACCCGUACAACGUUUACCGACGUUGCUAAUAGCGUGCAGUACGAGCUUGAUCCCUCUCCCUGUAACAGUACUGCCAGUUGUACGGCGAAAAAGGGUUGUCCAAUCACUCCCAUCACACAAUCGGUUGUCGCUAAACAAGCGAGUGCAACGUUGCUCGUGGUUUUCAGGCGUGGUUUAUUUUUGACGGCGAAUAUGACCAGUCCAUUUAAAACGCUUGUUAAGGGGAGAGAGAGAACGUUUAUGAUUAUAAGAUACAAGAGUACCGUAUAUGCCUUUCUGGUACUUUCAUUUAAACUGCCUCCCAAGAAAAUGCAAAGAUCACAGUCUGAGGUAAUCUCCUUGGUUUGAAAAGUCGCGCUUAGGUUCAUUUUCAGUUCCUUGGCUGUGUUAAACUUUUGUUUCUCGUCUGGACAGGAGGAACGCGUCGUCUGGUCCGUUUUACACUUAAGAUUAGCCGAUCUGCUAGAAACUACAUGUGAUAAACUGAGUGCGUGUUAAACGUGCUGUAAUUGUGGAAUAUUCUGUGCUUUGAACAGUUAUUGAAGUUUUUGACAAGAAGCCGUGGUAUUAGAUGUUGCACUUUACAGGUGCCAAAUUUGAUGCUAUUGAGGGAAAUGUAGUGUUCUCGUUAAUUUGCAUUAGAUUCGACACGUGUGAAUGAAGUUCGACGUUUAAAACAGGCUGAAAUUAUUUCCGGCCUGUUGUGAAAUACUUCAUUAUCUUGGUGAUGUGUUGUGCCUGAAGGCAAUUUACCCUGCUGUCUUUUUAUAAGUAAUGCGUACUCACGUUGAUGAGAUGAAAUUUAAGGGAAACAGUUUUCUAGAGUGAAAUUGCUUGCCCUACGUUUUAAAAACAAAACAGAAAGCCAUGCCAGAGUAUUUUUCGCUAAUGGACAAUAAAUUUUAUCUUUGAUAAAUCUUUUUCUAAAACUGACCAAUAAAAUUUUAGUUACAAUCAGUCUUCGCUCAUCAUGUCAUUUAAAGUUUUGUUUGUGUAUGAUGCUUCUAUAACUUAGUGACAAUGGUAAAAUCAAAAUAAAGUGAAGACAAACGAUCCAACUUUUGAAGACAUGUUUCGGCAUGACUCGUGUCAUUAUCAGUUUAAUUCAUUGUUACAUUUUCCUUUGCGUGUAUACGAUACAAUGUGAAGACGUUACAAUUUCAAAUUGGAUUUCAAUGAUCAGAGUUACAAUUGUCUAAAAUAAUGAGAACCUAAAAUUACACAACGUAUCAUUGGCACGUGCUCAAGCAGGAGCGGUAACAAUAGCUGCGGAUGCUCUAGCCAUUUUACCCCUGUUACAUAAGACGCUUGCCCAAGGGGAAGCAAAUAUCUGUUUCCAAAGUGAAAUUGCGUCGGGAAAAUUUCCGUGUCCACUUUCCACCUGCACUUUCUUCCUUCUAAUUCUACGACGCUAAAAGCUUUCCCAAAAAAACUUUUUUCAAUGAAAUGAAGGCUAGUAAAUGCCAAGCCCCCAAAAAGGGGAAAAAUGGGACAAGUAAAGCAGGAAAAUGAAGGGAGGAGCCCUAGAAGCGAAAUUUUACGUACGACACAUAUCCGAAAAUCGUCUGAAGGAACAAAAGGCCGAGAUGUGCUCGACCUGUAAACAAGUUGUUGGCUCCUGCAAUAUGUACCCUUGUGUCUUCGAAAAAUGAAAUUACCUUUGUUAUUUUGAAAAUUCACAGGUCUGCUACCAUACGUGACAUGGUAGUGCGCUGUGUAGCACAAAUGGUACACUCGCAGGCUCACAAUAUCAAGUCCGGUUGGAAGAAUGUUUUCUCAGUAUUUCACUUGGCUGCAUCAGAUGAGGAUGAAGGAAUAGUGGAAUUGGCUUUUCAAACUACUGGUACGUUCAUAACUUUACGUUAUUUAUAUUUCAAUUCUUCCAAAUUUUCCUUUUGAAGUGUGAAUUUGUUCUCCCAACGUAUUUGCCGAGUCUACUGAGUCUAGGUGUUUUUACGGAAGCCCCCCCCCCAAGAAAAACACUAUACAACUAACUAAAGGCAACAACCAAGCAUAUUUUAAAAUGUGCAGUUCCAGAAAAUUUAUUCAUUCCCUGAAUGAGAACAGCUGGUGGGAGGCCUGAUUUCAUUGAUACACGCAAAACGUAGAGACCCCAUUUAUUGAAAAGAAUUACCUGUUCAAAACAAUGGAAACAAAAUAAUCCAGGUCUUGAGAUUUAAGGAAAUAAUGGACAAAGACAAGCCUUCUUAAACUGUAUAACAAAUUCUCCCUGUAAGUACUAAAUAGGAAAGCAUGAAUACCUGUAAGAAUAUCUUUUUGUUGACCUUGCCACUUUAAAGACUUAACACAGGUUAAAUACAGAAGUCGUGCGAAAACUAUUCUGACAGAUUUAUCUGAAGUUUGUUGUAACUAUUCUGUCUCUGUUCUUGUUUCAGCCACUAUAUUUGAGAAGUACUUUCACGCCACUAUUGAUUCAUUCCAAGAUGCUGUCAAAUGUUUGUCCGAGUUUGCGUGUAACGCGUCAUUUCCUGACACCAGUAUGGAAGCCAUAAGACUCAUCAGGAACUGUGCAAAAUAUGUAUACGAUAACCCAGAGGUAAGUUCAGGCUAUGUUUAAAUUAGGGAUCGAGCAUCUCUGCCUGUAGGUUGCGAACACGGACGUACCGUAUUUCCUUGAAUAAUAGUCGGAGGCGAUUAUUAUUUUUUUUCGCACAGAAAGAGGGCGAUUUUUCGAGGAAAGCGAUUAUUUCAAACAUUGCUCACUGAAAGUCAUGCCCCAAAUACAGUGGCACCCCGCCUUACGACCACCCCGUUUAUAAGACCACCUCGUUAUUACGGCCAUAUUCUUUCAAACCAAACGUAAAAACCAUUGAGUCAUUUUAUUAUUUUGAGGACCCGUUAAUGCGACCACCUCGUUAUAACGACUGAUUUUAUGGCCCAACGGUAGUCGCAUUAACGGGGUUCCACUGUAUUUUGUUUUAUUUUUCCAUUAAAUCGAAAAAUGAUCACAUCAAAUAAACUGAACACGGGCUUUUUAGCGCUCCAAAUUUGGUUCCUUGAUUACUUUUCAGUGUCAAGAUCCUCGGCUCCAGAGCUUGAAUCGUUUUGCCGAAGUUUGCCGCAUCAGAUAGACUCCACUUUAGCUUUACAAGGAGGGGAAAAAAGAAAGAGAAGAUGGCGAGAAGGGUGGGGAGGGGGGGACGAUUAUUCGAGAGAGGCGAUUAUUUUAUAUAUUUCCGGCUAAGGGGGGGGAGGGGGGCGAUUAUCCGAGUUAGGCGAUUAAUCGAGGGGCUGCUAUUAGUUGAGGAAAUAUGGUAUUAGAAAGACGACGACGACCGGAAAUACGUCUUGCGUUCGACGGCUACAGUCCAGGGUACUAGCGCGAAAUAGUAUUGUGCUCUUACCUUGGAGACGCGAUUUGUAAUUAUGUACGUAUUUGUUCCAUUUCGCCCUGUCAGACACUAUUUUGAAACAUAAGCGUAACAGGGAGCAAUGGUUAUGCAAACCAGUGGAUUACCUCGGACAAAAGAGAAAACUAGUGCGAACAGGGACCUGGUGUCCACGUCAGUGCUUGCAUUGUCGCCAGGGCUCGAAAAAAGUGUGUGUUCACAUUAGUUCACAGUGAGUUUCCUACUUGGGCACGGAGCAAGUGCACCAAGUGCCGAGUGUGAGCAUAGCCCUUAAACGAGAAUGAAAUUAUUCUUGUACAAGGUUUUUGUCCAAUGAAAAUUGAAAUUACCCAGUUUCCUAAUGAAUUCUGUCUUACUACUUUUUGCUAUGUUAACCCCCUUUUUUGUUCCUAUAAAUUUGCAUAAAUGCCGGCCACGUGAGUGAAAACGCUCUAUGAAAAUGUAGUUAACUAUAACCGCUUACAACUGAUGGAAAACAAGAAAUGGCAAAAAGACGAUGGCAGUUAAUGCUCUUUGUUUGUUACGUGGCCGUAGUUUAGUCAGUAAAUGAUUUCUUUUUUUGCCAUUUUGAACUACCUUUAAAGGGGCUGUAGUUCCCGUUUAGUUUUCUAGUGUCUACGUACCACGGAGUCCUUGUUUUGCUUUCAGGCUGGAACAAAUUCGUCCGCGUUCUGGGACGCAUCAUAUUGCUUGCCUUUUCCGUCAUGCUCUGAUCUUUUCAGUCUGUAAAUGAAUUUGUUUUAAUGUAGCUACAUUUUUUAUCUGGGAAAUAUAGUGUUCUUAAAGUAAUUUCACGACAAUGUUCAUUUACAGAUGUUCAAGGAACACAGUAGCGAGGACGGCGGCAUCCCAGAAUCCGAUAAGGUCUGGGUCAAAGGCUGGUUUCCAGUCCUCUUUGAACUGUCCUGUAUCAUAAACAGAUGUAAACUUGACGUCAGAACCAGGUUUGUUUACGGGACAAGACAGGACGGGACUAAUUUUCCUUUGUAAAUGAUAACCUUUCGCUCAAGUUAUCGAAACCCUUUGGUAUUGUUACAUAACUGGUAGCGCGCGCUUACGUCGGCUACUUUUAGGUCACAUGACGUCUCUCCUGCCAAAAGUCUCUUAAAGUGAUGUUACACGGGACAACUCGCAACGACGAUUUUAAGCGCAACACAGCGUUUCAACAUUGUUCCGAUAUUGUUUCGAAUGGUUGCAGCAUUUUUUCAACAUUGGAACGCUUUGCUGCGCCAAAAAUAGUUGUCACUUUUAAGUCGAAUUCGCGUUUUUUUCAAACUUUGUCGCGUUUAUUUCAAUUCGAUGAAAGUAUCAAAUGUAGCUGAAUUUACCCGGAGUUGAUUUCUUGUGUGCUUCAAAGCUAUAUUUUUGUAAUCUUUUAUGCUUUUCUUUACUGCUUAUUAUAAUUUAUAUGCUUUAUGUAUGUUUGUUUGUGUUUCUGUGUUUUUUUUUGCCAUGUGUGAUUGCGACACUUACUUUAUGUAAUCGGCUUAUCAUGUGCCGACUUCAGAUAAUUUUAUUUCAUUGUAACGAAAAUGGCUGUCUGGUCGUUUUAGCCUAGUGGUUAUUCCAGACAGCCAGUCCCAUAAAUAAUUAUUAGCUUGUUAUAGUCUUAUUCUGAUUUUUUUUUUACUAUUAGUACGAUAAAAUUGUUGUUGUUGUUGGGGACCGCACUCAAGUUAGAAAGAGAAAGGAAACUUCGUCGUCACUUGUUUACUUCGUGUUUUAAGGUGAUGCUACACGAGACGAUUCGCAACAACGAGUUUUAGCGCAACAUUGUUGCUUUUUUUCUUUCUUGUUGCCGUGGCCUUCUUUGUUGCUAAAGCUUGUACUGUUAUCCGGGAAUGUUUGCAUUACUUUUCAUUUUGAACGAGUCUUUCGGUAUUUGAUAGUCAAAGAACCUCUUGUUGCUGGUAGAAAAGAGAUCCGUUGUUGUCCAGUUUACCUUACAAGCUGAUUUGAAGAAACUAAUUUUAAUUUUGGUUUGUUAAGUUUCCUGUGUUAACCUGUGUUCUUUGCAGAGGUUUAACAGUGAUGUUUGAGAUCAUGAAAAGUUACGGGCACACAUUUCAACAGCAUUGGUGGAGAGAUGUAUUCAGAGUGGUGUUUAGGAUUUUUGAUAACAUGAAGCUACCAGAUCAACAGGUCGAUUGGUCAGAAGUAAGUGAUUAAAAUACUUUUUGCUAUAUCCAGUUUCUUAACCGCAGGACUAGCUCAAUCGGUCGAGCGCUUCACUGCAAUGCGGGACGUCGCGUGUUCUAUUUCCAGGGCAGGACCAAUACUCAGGGUUUUAAAAUAUUUAACUGAGAUACGAAGGUACUCCCUUUGCCUUAAAAACGGCUAGACCUUCGAGUGGCUUGGAUGACCACUUAAAAUGGCGCUCCCGCCUCUGGUAGAAGAUGUAAAAAUAAAUAGUGGGGAGGGGGUUGGGGAUGCAAUGUCUCCAAGGUCGUGUCGCCUACGGAUCAAGCGGGUUAGCAUUAGAUCCCAUCGGCUUAAACCCCCUUGGGUUGGUAGCAUUCCUUAUGGCGUGACUAUAGUGACUAUAGGGUUAAAGCAACAAUACUGAUUAGGAUUAAGCACAGAAAAUAGUGAUAAGGGUUAAGUACUGACUCCAAACGGCUAGCUUCUAUUUAGGGUUAGGGUUGUUGCUAUAUAGCUUCAAAUCAAACUAAUGCUGGCCAGCAAAUCCUCAAUGGCAUAGUGGUAUAAAGAUUAUGGACUGCAAACACUACACUCUGGGUUCGAUUCUUACUCUCGCUCUUGUAAAUUUUUUUUCUUUAAAGAUUGAAGAGACUUACACUUUCGUAAACAUUUCCUGAGUAGAAAUGUCAAGAAACUUAGAAAUUUCAUCUAAGUGCAGUGUAGAAGCAAUAAAGAAUACAACGUUGUGUAAACUUCCUAAGGUGUCCAAGGGUUUUAGUCCGAUGGGAUCUAAUGCUGACUUAACAAUGCGAAUAUGUCGUCUAAGUCUUUCAUGUCCGCGUGAUGAGUGGUUAUAGUCUGUUCACCCCGGAUUUUUGCUGUUUUUUUUCUUUGCUAUAGAAGUCUGAGUGGAUGACGACCACAUGUAACCAUGCUUUGUACGCGGUAAUCGACGUUUUCACGCAAUACUUUGAAGUGUUGUCUGAUGUUCUGUUAGAGGACAUGUUUUUACAUUUACUGUGGUGUGUUCAACAAGGUACGUAUUCCAGUUUAAUUUAAAGUGGAAAAUCUUAUAAAGUGCUGUGAACUGUGCUGGGCGAGAAAACAUUCGCAGUCCUUGAUUUGAAGAGGUGGACUACGUCACUCUGAUGCCAAGCGCGGGAAAAAAUCUGCAGCCUGCGCCAAGCGCUGCAAAAAAAAAAAAAAUGCGAACGGCCGUCACAAAGUGCGGGAAAGACGUUUGGUGGCGAAGAACGAAAAGAAUUUGGCUAUUGGUGUUUAGAAUGUGUCAAAAGGUAUUUAAUCGGCGAUUUAGAGUCGAUGCAAAAUGGAAAAUUGUCUUUACGUGCAUUGAGAGUUCGUCAUUUCAAGUAAUAGGCCAUUUGCACAAUAGCGUCAUUUUACUACUAACGGCCAGAAUACUUUUCGUUUUUCCUUUCAUAUUUAAAUUUGGAAAUCCCAGUGAGGUUUAAAUAAGAAAAGUUCUUAUUUGCACGAGAAAUCAAAACCCCAAAGGACUCUGGUCGUAGUAGUAAAAUGACGCCAUCGUCCAAAUAGCCUAUUCAAAUUCAAUUUGAAACGUGUUGUGGGUGUGCGAUCUUGUCUGUCUCUUGGUCUGUGCGUCAGUGGCGUAAAGAAAAUAAGAUCUUAGUAGAGACACCCUAAGAGCGAGACUCUCUGUAAACAUCUACAGAGAAAUUCUCAAGUUUACUGAUCUUUAAGUUACACUAUAAUACUUCUAUCACACAUUUACUUAACUUUACAUGUAGGCAGUGACACUAAUACAUUGAUCACGUUGGUAUAUCAAAAACCGAUAGUUAACUUUCUGUACUUUAACAAAGUUGUAUCACAUUUUUCUUUGAUUCCAAUUCCACCGUUAUUUAAGGGCUGCAUUUAAUUUGAGUAUUCGAUUGGCCUUAUAGCUACGUUAAAUACAUGAAUGUGAAGACAUAAAUACAUGAUUGAAUACUAUGAAUAUUUCAUUUUAGGGGCUAUUAACAUAAUGCAGGGUUCGUACAGAGUCUUGCAUUCUUAAUAAAGUCUUGAUAUUGCCCAGCAAUUUUCCAGACCUGGAAAAAGUCUGGAAAAUAGAGAUAAAGUGUGGAAAAAUGGUAAAAAGUCUUUCCUUUUCUCUCUUUUUUGAAAGCUAGAGCAAGUGUUUUACAAGUGAAGUUUUUUUCGUGUUGGUCAAAUCUUAUUCAAUCUCGCCUGUACGUUUGCAGCGCGUCGUGGUAAAAGCUUUGUUCCUUCGUUUUUGUAAGGUCUCUAUUGAUCACCUAUUUGAUAACCUUGAGUCGGGAAAAAAAUAUAUUGUUUUGGAAAAAGUCUUGAAUUUUGGAUCCAGAAAUCGGUACGAACCCUGAUAAUUCUGGAACGAGUUCAUUCCAUCUCCACAUAUUUCUCUGUAUUUGUUUGCAUGAUACCGAAACGACAUUUUGUUCGCGUACAGGUUAUUCCGGAAUCAUUGUGUUCAUGCCGGUUUUCAAUCCCAAUGAAAUUCUCGUUCUGGUAUGAGACUUCAUUCUGGUAUCAUGUAAAAUGAAAGAGAACUUCGUUCUGAAUUGAAAUCGCAAACCGUCUAGUCUGGGGCAAGUGGCGCAUGCGUAUCUGAUCUGGCACUAGCGAGAACGCUUUAACAUGUGAAUUCAGUACGAAUUUCAUUCUGGAACGAAACUCGUUCCGGAAUGAAAGUCUUUAAUGUAGUGUUAUUGGUCUGCGAUUUUCCACCGUAGUUCCAGGCCAUCACGUGUAUAAAUUUAUUCAUUUAAGAAAUCUUGACUCGCACUCAUUGUUGGAUUAAAAAGUACAUUCGUUGUUAUCGUACGCGUUCGUCUCGUAUCAUGUAAAUAGUCCCUCACGCGGAACAUACGUUUUUUGUAUCUUCCCAGAUAAUGAGCAGCUUGCAAGGUCUGGCACUAACUGUCUUGAGAACCUCGUAGUCUCGAAUGGUUCUCAAUUUUCUCCAGAAAUGUGGCAGAGGGCGUGUCGUUGCAUCCGGGACAUAUUCACCUCUACUGUACCAAAUGAGCUGCUUACUUGGAGACCAGAGACACAAACCACAGGAACACCAACCCCCGAGUCUACACCCACGCAUACUCCCGACAGCCCUGUACGAACUCCGGACCGCCAACAUUCUUUUGACACGGCAAGUUUGCAUCUAUCUCAUGCAAUAUGAUCAUCCAGCUCAGUGGAUAGAGCGUCCGAUCUAAAACUCAGAGGGUCGUGAGCUCGAAUCUCAUCUCGAACUCGGAAAUUUUUUGGAGUUUUUUGUUCUAAACUGAGAUCAGGCCCAAUUUGAGCGGUUCUCAUACAUUCUCUCUAACGGCUACCGCCUCUUUUCGUUUCGUCUUGCCCGCCGGAAAGUAAUUUUCAAAGCGAAACGAAAAUAGAGCCUGAUCUCAGGUUAUUUUUGUUCUAAAUUAUGUCUCGAAUGUGUUGUCACUGACACACUUUCGUCUUUGUAUACACGCUCAUUUAGGCGCUUCAAUCUGAUAUCGGUUGGAAAUUUUUAUUUUUAACAGAGGUCGGUGGACUUGGAAGUAAGACCAGAACACGAUAUAGUUCCUCGUCUACAGGAAGGUUUGUUCAGAUAUGUUUGUUUGUUUGUUUGUUUUUUUUUGUCUCAUGUGGUGACCUAUCCCAAUAAGGAAUAACCCUUACUAAGUAAUAAGUAAUAACCCAAUCUGUCCUCACCUUGAAAAUUUUGCAAAGCAACGGACGCCUAACAAAGUAAUCCGUUUUCAGGGACAAGCAACAGGUCGAGGCUUUUAUUACAGGACCAAUAAACCCACAAUAGACAUUGGAGGAAGUAAUCUCCGAGAGAACCGUCAUGUGGGUCGUCUAACAAUGACUGUAGACCCACUGGACAGUGAUUUAUUCUAUGAGUAGCGCCAUCCAUCCUCUGAGUACCAUUCGAGCAGAGGCUACGUUGUCGCGGUAUCAGCUGGCGUUUCGCACGCCACCUUAUACCGCGAAAAUGUAGCCUCUGCUUCCAGGGUAUCCUCUGAGCAACUGAUGCCUGAAAUAUAAGAUGUAUGAAUGCUUUACGGAAAAAAGAAUUGAGCUGUAUGUUAAUAACCUCUGACAACAUUUGCUGGAUACCCCAAAAAAGUCUCUGCAGGAAGGUAUAUCCGAAAAAAAAAGGUUUGCGCAAGAUAGCGACAUGUUAAAAAAAAUGGUGAAAAAAUGAUGGUCCGUGCUCGAAGAGAUGCCAGCUAUAAUUGAUGCGUUAUUUAAAGAAGAACCAAUUUAUUCCUACAGAUGGGGAUGUUUGGGGAACAGAGACAUUCAAUGUUGAACAAAAGCAAGCUGACACCGCUGAAGAUGCACUGCAGGUUCAAGAAAAAGAGCGCUCCAAUCAGAUCACGACACUGUCGUCAGUUAGAACAGAGCCCUUAGAAAGCCCGCCUCAUCACUGUGAGUAACAAGGAUGAAAUACAAAAUUUCAAGCUUUCUGAAUCGAAAUUUGUAAUUUCUAUGUACAUGUAAUAUAAUCUGUAAUUUGUGCUCGUAGCCCGAUCUCGCCUAUUACCUGGCACAAAGGUUGUAUCCCCCUUAUUAUGCCAUCUUGUUGUUUGUUUAUUUUGACUGCUUGCCUUAUUUUUGGCGUGACGUUUCAUGGGGAUUUAAAAGCGGAAUGGUGACACUGUUUGAAUUAUGAAAGCCGUUUUUCUAUCAAAAUGCCAGCCGAAAGGAGAAAACGUUCUCUUUUGUGAAAGUGUAAUUCUUUUGCUUUGGUACCCCUCGAUUUUAUCAACUCCAUUAGUCAGGUAUAACAAGGAUGUUAGGAUCCUCCUUCAGAUUUAUUUAUUUAUUUAUUUAUUUAUUUACAACAUGACAUUUUUUGCAUCAAAUGGAAACUUGAAAAAAAACGAGCCCCAGAUUAAAAAUACCAUUUAUUUAUCUAUUUAUUUUGUUUUAUUUGUUUAUCUUAUUCUUUCUAAUGUACAAAAGGGUUAUGAAGUGCAUAAUGGUUGGUGCAAAUAGGAAGGACAGAUUCGACUUGUUUGCUUGCAGUGGUAGCCUGCGUAGCUGACGGUUUGUUUGGCGAGAGGGCAAAUGAACGGUGCAAAUCAGCGAAGCUGUCUCCUCUUCAUGCUCCUCACUUCUUCGCUGCUCAUUUGCGCGCUUGAGAAACAAAACCGCCAGCCCAGCUACGCAGGCUAUUGCAGUGGCUGUCACUGAAUCCACGAUGACAUUUGUCCACUGUAAUAUCACUGUCACUUAUCGCCAUUUUCAGAUAACACUGCGGAAGAGUUAUUUACGUCUCUCCUGAUUCGCUGUGUUGUGCAACUGGAGCUUAUCCAAACCAUUGACAAUGUAGUGUUCUUUCCUGCUACAAGUCGGAGAGAAGAUGCCGAAAACCUCGCUUCUGCUAAGGUGAGAAGGACACUGUAGAUUCUUUCCACUGUUAUUCGAAUAAUUUGCACUAGGUAACUGGUAGUGGCUUGCCGUAGAGGGUCUGUAGGACAAGUCUUUACGUCAUGUAGCCAUGGUCUGGACUCUGAACAAACCAUGACAGAAAAGAGAACGAAAGAAUUGACAUUGUGACUUUCCUGUGCACGAUUGCACUCUAGAAGAAAACGGUAGCCCAUACUUUUCUUCCGUCGUUCGACAAUGCAAAUGGCCAUCUCUGUCAAGAAAGAAUAUUGAGAUCCGGAAAUUUUGCUACGAUAGAAAUGUGACGUCACACGUCUCCGCUUUAUUGUGAAAGAGCAUACCAUUAACUGCGUUCAAUACAGGAGAGCGCAAUCCUUAUUUGGUGACGUUUGUUAUGGUUCCUGUUUGUCAUAUCAUGGAAACUAACCCGGUAUUUCCAGUUUGUCCACCCCUCCCGUUCCUUUUCAAGGGUAAGGCGGGUCACGUUCUCGCACAUAUUUUUCAGUCUUGACCUCUGCUGUCUUAUUUUGCCUCGUUUUAGUUGUCAAUUCUCUCACCAGAAAUGUGCUUUUAGCGGGAAUAAAUUUUACCUUUAGCAGAGCAAAGCAAUACCUUCGGUAACCUCCCAUGCAGACGUUCUUAGGGCUUCGCCUUGCGUCCCUUCCCCUUGAACGUUCCUGGGGAAGGAACGCGUUACGAAGCCCUAAGAAUGUCUGCGUGGGAGGCUUCCAGCGAAAUACUAUUAAAUGUUCCAGUCUAUACCGUGUGCCACGCCAGAUACGAAAAACCGCUGAAAAAACUGGCCUUAGUGAAAAGUGGUAAAAAAAAACAGUAACUACUUUGUUACACAGACUACUCCAAAAAGAGACUAAUAUUUCUAAAGAAUACACUGAAAUAAGGUUGUAACAAAAACAUACAGAUCUGAACACCUAAGAGUAUAAACUAUCGCAAAAGAAACUUUGCAAACCAAAACGAAGCGAACACAACAACCGAGAUGACGUAGAAUGCCACAAAUCCCGCGCAAAAACCACAAAUAGUCUGAAACUAUCCCACGAACCCCUGCGCGUCUCUGAAUAUUUAUUUCUGACUAAUUCUUUCUUAUGUCUGUCAAUCGUCACAAAUUACGCAAGUUCGGGGAUACGGACCAGGGGGCGGCUGUAUUCAGGCGAUUACUCUAUGUGAUAUUUACAAGUGGCAAGUUAAGCCCUCAUGAAUUUUUCCGAGCUAGCUUUGCUGCCCUGAGAAAAGGAACAUUCUAGAGAGAUUUAAGUUGACAAUUUCUCAAAAAAAAAAAACUGAGCCGAUAAAAACAGCUCACAAAAUUCUUAUGGAUAACAAAUUGCGUGAAACGACUAAUUCAUGUGUAGAAAUCUGAUGAAUAGUAGGCGACAAGCAAAGGGAAAACUUGGUCAUGUGGUACAAAUCGCGUUUGCCGUUUGACUUAAACGUGAUGCUUAACCUCCCUUCUAUUAAGCCCCAAGUAACAGUAGUCCAAGCUACAAUACUCGUCACAAAUCGUUGAAACAGACACCGUUUCUCUCGAAUUUUCUGGAAUAAUCAUGAGAUUUCUACUUCACACUGUUUUCCCCCCUGAAAUGUGCCUUCUCCCUCCCCAAUGUUGAGCCACGCGUAUUUUGAAGCACUCAGACCACUGUGAUACCCAAAUCAACAUUGGGGAAGGGGAAAUAGACACAAGUGUUUCAAGAUUUUUGACGAGUAUUGUAGCUGCCACUUGCCUACAUGUAUACUAAUGAGCGCCUUGAUUGCAGUCUGGCGAAGUGUCCCGCGCACGGUUAGACAGUUCAGUGAGCGAGACUGCUGCGGAAGCAGGAAUGUUCCCAUUCCUUAGCUCGCCCCAGUUGCUUCUGUUUGUCGACUGCUUGGAAGAGUCUCAUCAAUUCGCGAAGUCCUUUAACUCCAACAAUGAACAGAGGACAUUCCUUAUGAAAGCUGGUGAGUAAUCAUGAAGAUUUAUUUUGUUUAGCUUUGUUUUUACGGGCGGCCUUGGCAUUUUCAAAAGAUAUUGUUAGCAUUCCUUUAGCAGGAGCUGUCGCCGGCUCCUUAAGGAAGCUGUGCAAACAUAUUUAUACAUAUGAGUUUAGUUCUGAAGCCUUGGUUUUCUCAAAAUAGCUCUCUGCAGUUUCCCUGUUUUUCCCUUGCUCGGCAGAAGCUAAAGGAACCUAUUUUGCCAGACUUUGAGUUAUGUAGGCUCUUAUUGGCGGGUGUUUACUGUAGUACUGAAUUAAUUGUCUUUUCACUGUUUUCUCUACAGGUUUUAAAGGGAAGUCUAAACCCAAUUUAUUAAAGCAGGAAACGUCCAGCUUGGCCUGUAUGCUGCGCAUUUUGUUUAGAAUGUAUUCAGACGAAGAAAGGAAAGAUUCAUGGCCCGAAAUUGAACAGCGCUCUCUGAGGUAACAAGCUGAAUUUGGGUCCCUCUAUUCUCUAAGCAUCUGAGUACGUAGGAGAAGUGUUUGAAGAAACCUCUCUCCACUCGUAUGUAAUGAGGAAGACUUAAUUCCCAUUCAUGCGGACCUUCUUAGAGAGUUCUAUUUAACAGCUGUUCUUGUGUUUUUAAUCCUCAGAAUAUGCACAGAUGCGUUGCGAUAUUUUCUUUCAUUGGAAUCCUCCAGUCAUCGAGAUGCUUGGACGUCUCUUCUAUUGCUGCUCUUGAACAGACUGCUAAAACUUGAUAGCGAACGGGUAUGUUUGUCUUAAAACUCAGAUAACUGUUUUCUUUGUUAUUUGAAGAUACAAUCUCGGAAAAUAUUGUCUAAUGAUAAAUUUUGCUUGUUAUUUAAGCUGUACUUUUAAACUUCAAUGUUUUAUGUUUGUUCAUUAUGUUCUUUUUAUUUCACCAUUUUCAUCCUUGUUCAGUAAUUCACUCCGGUGCCUAGAGGUAAAAAUGCACGACAUGAGUCUCCCUGCAUGCAUUGCCAAAUUCCAGUGUCAUAUAAGGCGUUCUGAAUUGUUUCCACAGUAUCCGCCAGUACGUUCCUUUUCACUUUAAAACGACAUUCUUAGUCAAGCACGGUUUGGAAAAAUUUCUGAUUACAGUCACACAGAACGCAAAGUCUGGGCUUACUUCUACAGUUGAACCGCCAUUAAUCGCCCUCUCUCGGGUUCCUUUGACUGCUUUACUUUAAAAUCACUGGCUAUCCGUCAAUUAUUGUCAAGCACGGUUUGGAAAAUUUCUGUUCCAACUCACGAUUCACAGUCAAAACGCACCAUUUUUGAACAUCAUUUCUGUUUCAAAGUCUUUUUGGGCUUUUUAACAAACCGGCUUCUCGAUCAAUAAAAUAUUAGUACUGAACCGCCAAAAUUAAUCGCCCUCUCUUCGUGUCGUGCAAUUUUGGUCAAAUCAUACUUGUGUCCGCUUAAUUCGAUUUUGGCGGUUGACUGCUCAAUUACCAUUAGCGGUUCGUCAUGGAUUAGCAUAAUCGUUAGAAGACACAUCACUUCUAGCUCGGACUGUAUUUUCCUUCAUUAUUUUUUUCCUUGAAAUAAAGCCAAACUCAGUGUAUCAAGCGUUUGGUGGCCGCUCAAUAGAGGCCACAACAAUAGGAGAACUCUCUUUGGGGGGACCAAAAGGUGGCCGAAGCCGCCUAGUAGACGAGGCCCUCCAAUAGAGGUUUAAGUUCCCAUUCUUUUCUACAGUUAUUUCGGGACUUUGAUUACUGGUCGCUUUAAAGUCGGACGCUUAAAGGAGGUUCAACUGUAUUUUUGUUUUAACCUUGCAAAUUCUUUUGUUGUUAUUAUGCUCCUGCAUGAGUAGUUGACACUUUUACCUUAUCAUGCAUUCAAUCAAGGUUUGUUUCAGCCACACUGAACGCUACAUUUCAUGCCUACCGUUUAAGCAGACAGCUUCCUUUACCUCGUUCCUAUGCUCCACCGCAAGCACGGAAAACAGAGAGUGCAGGGCGUCAUGGGAAGGUGCAUUACAUCCUUCCCAAGACACUACACGCGCCGUGCUAGAACAAACACGGACGCUUGUAGGCAGCACCUCUCCUUGAUGUUGCCUAGUCCUUAGGCCUCAUUAUUCCAUGCGGCCAAUGCGUUUUGACUGAGAUGGCCUGGUAAAAUGCCGUACAGGGACAAGGCAAUCCUGACUGCAGUUCUAACAACUGUUCUAUGUUGUUUUGACAGUUCAAGAGGCACAUUUCACGAUAUUACCCGCUGCUUUGCAACAUGUUGUUGGUGGAGUGCAAGCUGGAGUUACGUUCCGUCCUCAGAAGAGUGUUCCAGCGAGUUGGUACCACGUUUGGAAUCUGCGACCUCGCCGAGUCCAGCUGACAAACUCAUCACGUUAUAAAGUCAAUAAAACCUACGCGAUCACGUGGACCCUUUACAAAGCAUUUUUCUUUCGUGUGAAAUGUUUCAGUUAGAAAAGGUUAAAUGACAGUGAUUGGACAGCAAUUCUGUUGGUAAAGGAAAGAGAUCUUCUGCGAAGGCGUCUGUUGUGAUAUCCAGGUUUGAUAUUGAAAUGAAUCGCGGCUUUUGAAAAAAACAAAUGACAGAAGUUCGAGAAAGGUAAGAACUUCUGGUAGCCCAGUUAAUGCAGUUAUGUAGUAUUCUUUACCACGGACUUCGGGAUUGGUUUAGUAAUUUGCACGCUAAUUUGUACACUGGAUCAUAACCGUGAUACUUUUAACAAUGACACAACAAAAUAUUUAAAGAUCUAUAGGGAAACACAGCUCACAACAUGAUAUCCGUCUGCCUGCGCGGUUUAAAAAUUAUAACAAGUACUUACUAAAAAACUCUCAUUUGGGACGAGUAGAGGUUUCCAUGAGGGUGUUUGGACGAUCUUGAUAUUUUUCCCUCCUGAGAUGGUCCGUUGGAUCAGCACCCUUAAGAAAUUCGUUGUCGCGUCAGUGAGAACAUAUCAAUAUUAUUCCUUAUAAUUCUCCGAGUUUAGAAGUGACAAGGUCACCUAAUUUUGCAAUGCACGUUGUUAUAGGUCUAUCUGAUUGAAAGUACAAUUCUUAAGGUAAUUAAAGUCGUAUUUUAAAAAGGAGCUGUCACACAAUUUAUCAAAACUUUAACAGUAGGAACUGCCACUAAAUUAAGAAAAAUAGAAAAAUAACCCGCUGAGAACAUUAGAAGAAAGUAUAAAUAACAAGGAAAAUGCAAAAGAAGGCACAGAUGGACAAACUUGAAGAAGACUGAAACGGAUUGCAAUUGUGCAUUUUAAAAAACUUGUUAGCCUAACAGUUUUCAAAGUUUAUUUUUGUUGUUUGUAACGUUUGAUAAGAUACUUAGGAGGCAUAUUUGCCGGACAAGAAGCUGUGUUAUUUACAAGUUAUUUCUUCACUAAUGUUAAGUUCCAUAGCGGAUAAAGAUCUCUAAUUGGCAAUAUUAACAAAAUGAACUGGACAGCCGUGACGGAAACCGGUCGUUUCCGGAUACAAAGUCGAUUCGAUACGAACUCGAGCAUGCAGUGAAAUUGCACAAAAAUCUCGAUCACUUAGAGUAAAGCUUGCAAUUGAACAAGACAAACAUUUUGGGUGAAUAUUCUUCGUUCCUUAAGCCAAGUACGUGAAACUAUUUACACCUCGAAGUAAUUAACUUGCAUCGAAGCGAGUUGUGUUGAAACGACUUUGUAUCGAAGCGACCGGUAACCGCCGUGACAUAGCCCCUUCAACGCUGGCAGAGAUUUGAAAUGACAAAGACGUUUCGCAGUUAGAUCUUGGUAAGAAUUAACUAGGUAGUCAUAAGGAAAACGUAUUAUUAAUGAUCUCUCUUCUCGCUCUACUGAAUAACGCCCGUUAUAUGCGGGCUUUUGAUUAAACUAUGCCAGACUUCACACUUUCAUGUGCCUCGAUUGACUAUGUUCAAAUCCGCCGUAAUGCGCUCCCCCAAAAUUUGCAUAAGUUAUUGUUUUCAUUACCGCUGGUUUCCCCGCCAAAUGACGUCUGAGAAACGAGCGCAGAAAUUCCAUACUGAUGACGC